ACGGUUGCCAAGUUAGUUCCAAGUCUCAGAGAUCACCGAAGCAGCUGAUUUAACUAACUGCCCAGCAUGGAAAAUGUGGGAAACACAGAGAAUGCUAGGCUCUGUGGAAUUCCAAAUUCAGAGGAAGCGGAACAAGUUUAUGAUCAAAUCAGUGAAGACCUAGCAUGCCUUUCUUUUAAGGCUGUGGCAGACUGCAUGGACAUGAGAAGUGGAGAGAGCCUGGAAAAUAGCUAUGUGGAUUCUCUGUCAUCUCAGUAUAGCUGCAAUGGGAAAGAAGAACGAAAUUCCUUUCAGAGAGAGAUUUUUGCUCUGGAAGGUCAGCAACAUCAGGAGGAGAUGCAGCUGCUUAGCCCAACACAAAGUGACAAAAGAAGCCCCUCUGCAAAUGAAGCGUCUUCAACCGAUCACAUUCUAAAGAAGAUCCACAGCAUGGCCAGAAAUGCUCAAAAUACCAUCAGAUUGCCCGGCAAUAAUAAUUCAGAAGAAAACAACUUUCAGAAAGAGGACCUUCAGCUUUCCCUCAUCAUUAAGGUAGGUUCUUUUUCCAAGUAUAUACACAAUUAUGUGAAUGAGACUAAGAUUUCCCUAACUGGGGGUGGGUGGGGGGGGCGGACACGGGGGGAGGGGAGAAUGUCUGUAUUAGAUUUGCUUGUUUCUUUGCUGUUUUGUCUGAUGAAAUCUUUUUGUAACUCAAAAGCAAGCUACUCAAAAAUUGCCCAUUGCUAACUGGUUUGGACAUUUGAUCAACCUGUAAACUACCAUAAUAAUUGUGAUCAUAUUUGAGCUAUUGGCGGACUUGUGCUUUGCAGAAGAAAAUAACACACUUUAGAGCUCGUGCUUUCCUACAGUAUAACUUCAAAUUAUGUAGUAGUUAUUAGUUCUAUUAAUGUGCAUGAUUUGUCCUUGUGAAUUGCUCAGCCCGGCUUGAAGAGGGGUUUCAGGCAGUCUUCUGUCCAGGCAGUUUGCACAGUCAGACCUGAUUGGCUUCAGCCGUAAAACUGUACCUGUGUGAUUUCAGACUGUCCCUCUGCUCUUUCAUGGCUAUUUCCAGGGUCACUUUUCUGACAUAAUGCUCUCUUGAAAAAAGCUUGUACUUUGCUAUGUUUGCCUGGUGUCUGGGGAGAAGUGCUUUUGUGCCAUUGUGCAUGAAUUGAGAAGCCAUGGGCUGUGCUGGCUUCCUCAGUGAUGCCUCUGUUGCAAUCAUUCAUGGUGAGGGAAUGGGCAAAACACUCCACAGAUCCCUGAUGAAGAGCCUUCUCUCUAUCAGAAGACAGAAUGUGCAAGGAAUCCUGUUCUCCCUCCUUUGAACACUAGGUAGAUUACCACGUAACACUUGCAGGGGCAGGAUCCAUUGGUGCAUAUAUCACAUAUAACAGAGUAAUCCAAACUAUAGGAAAUUCUUUUCAGUGGAUUACACUGGGGUAAAUGAUGCAACUUCAAACUUCAUUCAGGAGAAGGGCUGCUGCUGAGCAGGGCUGGCCCAAUACAUUUUGGCACCCGAGACAAAUGACAAAAUGGCUUUGGCUUCCCUCAGCAGGGAAGGAGGAGGGAGUAAAGAUCUACAUUGGGAGCAAGCAGGGAAUCAAAUAAGCCUUAGCUGACAGCUGACGUGGGAAUCAAAGCCAUGGGGGGGGGGCUCUCUGAAUCGUGCUGGGCAGGUGCAGACCCCAGGAGACCCCGGAGGGCAGCCCCUGCCUUUUCUUGCCUAGUGGUGGAAGGAGACCCACAGCAGCUCCUAUUCACGGAGAGGCUGCUGGGAAGAUGGCAUUGGGGGCAAGGAUGGCAAGGAGGCAGCAGAUCUGGGCGCCAAAGAACAUUCUGCAGCAGGCAAUGCAUUCAUUGGAGGCCAGCUGUGUCGCCCCUGUGAUUCCUGCCGCCUGAGGCAGUUGCCUCACCUUGCCUUAUGGGAGGGCCAGCCCUGUCGCUAAGCCUAGCAGAGGGAAAGCAAGCCUUUAGACACCACUCGUUUGCCAGUGCGCCUUCUGCUGGGUUGCUAGAUCGUGUGACCAAGCUGAACAAAGUUUGGAACAGGGGUCUGUCUGCCCCAUCCCAUCCAUGCCCCCUUUUCAGCAUUUAUCCUGCCCUCGGCUCAGCCUGCUUUGCUGGAAGGAGGACUUAUACCGAUGCAUCUAUGGCUGAGGAUGUAGAACUUCAUCCGGAUGAGCCCCUUCUGAGCCCAACUGGAGAUGUGCCUGUUCCUAACUCCACACAUCCUGCUUGAUCUGAUUUGGAUUGCUCCCUUACUUCUUUACUGAAAGGAAAAUGAAUACUAACAGAAAAAAUAGCUUUAAAGCAUGCCUAUUGUGUUUACUAAUGAUAAAAAGUGUUAGGGGAACCUAAGCUAGGAUUGUUCAUGAAAUGUAAAAUAAAUAAAGACAACAGCACCUACCUGUCGCACUGCUGUCCAUUUGUGUACUUAAUGGGGACAGAGUGAUGGAGCCUUAAGGGGUGAUGCUGCUUCCCCAGCAAGGGGAAAACACCACCACCAGUGAGCUCUGUCCAACAUCUGAAAGCCAUGCGCCCUGGCCUGGAGAGUUUUGAGGGUCCUGCCUUGUGAAUGCUUCCUGGGAGAUGCACUGUGCUCAUUAGCUAACUGGCGUGUUGGCAGCUCCCAGUGCCACUCUGACAGAAAAUGCAUUUUUAUUUUGUAGCCGAUAAGAGUGCUCUCGGCACUACUGAACAGAUAUGAUAAUAUUGGCAGAGCACCUAAGAGAUAAUAAUGCAAAUGCUAAUUCACACCAAUCAUUACAGAAUAUCCCUGAAAGUUCUGUGGGCAUCACAUGCACAUACCUGAGAUACACUUUUAAAUAUUUUAUAUGUAGUGAUUAGCAAUGUUUACUUUCAAAGUUAUUUUAUUUAUUUAGCAUAUUUAUAUGCUACCAAACAUCCACAGAUCAGAACGGGAAACAAUAAAAUUCCAUAAAACCAAGCUCUUAAAACACAGAAACAUCAUUAAAGUGCAAUAGAAACAGCAGUUUAACGAUUCUCAAAUAAUAAUGGCACUAUUGACCUCACUCAGUAGCUUCAUAUAGUUGUUAAGUAGCAUUGGGGACAGAAUAGAGCCCUGAAGGAUCCAUAAAUCAACUGCCAUGGGGGGAGGGGGUCAAACAGAAGUCUCCCAGUGCUACUCUCUAGUACCAGUCUGGUGUACUUCCCUAAUAAAACAGGAUAGUGAAAGAUACAUUUUACAAGGAGAAAACUCACUAGGCAAUCAACAUUGAUGGACCUUGAUAUACAGAUAUUUGCAUGCGAAGCCUAUGCAUGUUUACUUGGCAGUAACUUCUGCUCUGUUCAUUGGUGCUUACUCCCUGAAUGUAGGAUUGCAGCCUAUGAUACCAAUGAUACCAGUUGUUGAGGGUGCGAAGGAUGCCCCUGUGAACAUCCCCCCCCCCACAAUAUAAGCCUGGCCAUUUAAUGGCCAUUUUUAGCUGACUUGAUUUAUGGUUCCAUAAUUUUAACACUGUGUCUCACACACAGUCUCAUAUCACACUAGUUUGCUUUACAAAGACUGUUUCGGGAGAAACCCACAAAGCUAACAAAUAGUUUCUGAGUGUUUGUGGCAUGUCUGAACUUGCAGAGAAUGAACAAAGGUUUCCAUGGGGUGUGUUUUAUACACAAAAUCAAGUGAUUCGCAAAUCUCUCUAUCCUUGCGGAUCAGACCUUACAUUUUCUCUCACCUGCUCUUUCGCAUAUCAUAUUUUAUGAUGGUAUGACCACUUUUAAUUGUGAGCCACAAGUUUGUAUAUUGAGCCAGGGUAGGUAUUAUAAAAAUAGUAAAAAUUGCUUAUGGUGGGUUGUUUACAUUAAGCUGCAUGCAUAUUAAGAGCAUUGCAGCACUGCCGCAUUGUUUCUGCCUGAACAAGAGUUUUGCAACAGUCUUCUUCUUUGGCGAUCACUUGUAGUCAUAGAAUCAUAGAAUCAUAGAAUCAUAGAGUUGGAAGAGACCACAAGGGCCAUCGAGUCCAACCCCCUGCCAAGCAGGAAACACCAUCAGAGCACUCCUGACAUAUGGUUGUCAAGCCUCUGCUUAAAGACCUCCAAAGAAGGAGACUCCACCACACUCCUUGGCAGCAAAUUCCACUGUCGAACAGCUCUUACUGUCAGGAAGUUCUUCCUAAUGUUUAGGUGGAAUCUUCUUUCUUGUAGUUUGAAUCCAUUGCUCCGUGUCCGCUUCUCUGGAGCAGCAGAAAACAACCUUUCUCCCUCCUCUAUGUGACAUCCUUUUAUAUAUUGGAACAUGGCUAUCAUAUCACCCCUUAACCUCCUCUUCUCCAGGCUAAACAUGCCCAGCUCCCUUAGCCGUUCCUCAUAAGGCAUCGUUUCCAGGCCUUUGACCAUUUUGGUUGCCCUCCUCUGGACCCGUUCCAGUUUGUCAGUGUCCUUCUUGAACUGUGGUGCCCAGAACUGGACACAGUACUCCAGGUGAGGUCUGACCAGAGCAGAAUACAGUGGCACUAUUACUUCCCUUGAUCUAGAUGCUUACUUAGUCGAGUAAGAUUGUCUUCCAUGAACAUGGUUUUAACAGUGAGUCCAUAAGUGACUGUGAGGGCCAAUUCUGAAUCCACACAUCCUUCCACAGUGGGGACAUAGGUUUCUGGGUGGGAGUUGAUUGUGGUGAGGGUUUGCCAAACAUGCCUUCCUCUUAGCACGUUUCUCCUUUUCAUCCUGCGUUCGAGCAUCUUCAAAGCCCAUGACACCUUUGGCAAAGGCUCUUCUCCAAUUGGAGCACUUGCAGGCCAGUGUUUCCCAGUGUUUAUACUACUCCUUUUUUUUUUAGAAUUGCCUUGAGAGAGUCUUUAAACCUCUUUUGUUGACCACCAGUAUUACGCUUUUCAUUCUUAAGCUGGGAAUAGUUGCUUUGGAAGACGAUAGUCAGGCAUCCGAACAUUAUGACCAGUCCAACAAAGUUGAUACUGAAGAUUCAUUGCUUCGACACUGGUGAUCUUUGCUUCUUCCAGUACACUGGCAUUAGUUUGCCUGUCUUCCCAAGUGAUGUGUAAAAAAAUUUUGGAGACACCAUUGAUGGAAUCUUUUGAGGAGCUGGAGAUUGUGUUUAUAAGUGGUCCAUGUUUCACAAGCAUACAGUAAGGUUGGUAGUACAAUAGCUUUGUAAACAAGCAUUUUGAUUUCCCUCCUCAAACUCUCUGCCCUUCAAUGUCGGGAGGCAUUGUUAUCUGCGAUUGUUGCUGUCAUAUUAUCAUGGAGGAGCUGAAUGAUGUUCACAAAUUUAUCUGGGCAGCCAGUUUUCAGAAGGACAGUCCACAGGGCAGGGCAAUUUACAGUGUCGAAGUCCUUAGUCAGGUCAAUAAAUGCCAUAUACAUAACCAAGUCUUGACUGUGUAAUUGCUUACUCAGAAGAAACAUUGAAAGUUCUGAGGAACUAUGCUCAUUCAGCAUAAAGUAUUCUUUAAAUGGCUGCUUCAUUGUUUUCACUGCCAUUUUGAGGUGCUAUAUCCUUCCUUCUCAUAAACGUGAAGCACACUGAGAUGGCAGCAAAGCAUGCAGCAGUUUGAUCAGAAGCAACUAAUUCCUCCGAUAAGAGCAAUUAAUUUCACAUAUUCAUUCCUCUGAACAUUGCAUUGCUGUUGAUUCAGCUGGUGUCCAUGAUAGGUCUAAUUACUGACGACUGUAGCAAUAAAGCCUUUUCUUUGGCUCCUUUCUCCGCUGGCUCUGAAAAACAGUUGAGCAGGGGGCAAAGUUUCUUUCAGGCCUCAAGAGCUGAUUGGCUGUGUGCUCGAUACUUGAUAAUAUCUAAGAAUAGCAAGAGUAUAAAAGCUCCAAGCACAGCAAAUCAGGGAACUUAUUCAGGCAUUCGGUGCUCCUGCGAUGACACUCACACGAGAGGAAGCAUGAGGCUUCACUUGCUGGCCUUGGUGUGUCACCCCAUCCUCUCCUUCCUCGCCCCCCGCUCCACCCCCCACAUGGUGUGUGUGUAAAGCUCUGCAGAAGGGAGCCUGCUGUGCACGCUGAGGCUUCCUGUGUGAUUCUGCGCCCUUGUCAGGGUUCUCCACCAUGUGGGGAGUCCCUCUGUCUGCCUACUUCGGAGCAUCCACUCCAAAACAGGACCCGGUCAAUGGGGCUGUGACAGAGGAGGCCGGCCAGUGAGCCUGGGGCUGCUGUCCACCUCAUGUGAGCGCAGUUGUCUGAGCACUGAAAGGUGCUUUUUCAAACAUAUUGCCCGUUGCAUUGUGCUUACUUCAUGUCAGGAUGCACCCAGGAGUGAUGAGCCCACGCUGGAACUGCAUCCAUCCCAUUUUGGGCAGGCCUCAACUGCCUCCACCUUCCAGCUCUGGGGAUGCCAGGGGCCGUGGGGAUUGGUGGACAGCUGGUCUUUGUGGCAAGCAGUGUGCUGCAGACUGGCCACUGGACCCUCCUGCACAGGAAAGCUCUCCUGUUCCCGUUGAGUUGUGAUUGAGCAACAGGGCCUUCCUGUCGUCCUGCAAGUUCCUCUUCCAUCCUGACUGCUGGCUUUCGGUUUCCAACCUCUGGCUAAUCUCGGACUGCUGCCGGUGGCUCAGCCUUGACAGUAGAAACCUGUUAUUCCUGCCUGAAGCUAAAGGGCUCUGCACUAACUGGCCUGUGUGAAAGGCCUCUUUCCCGUGUCACUCACUUCCUGAGAACAAAUGACUGUGCUGACUCCCAGAGAGGAACUUGUAGUGUCCAAACCUUCGGCUCACGUUUAAGCUCUCUCCUCCUUAACCAUGACCUCUUAUCUUGGCUCCAGUUGAUGGGACCUUCACCACAAUCCUGGGGUCAAACUGCAUACUAAGCCAAACCUUGACUUAGCUGCUUCACCUAAAAGGCUCAGUGAGGAGCAGAGUGCCUGCAGUCUCCUCUUCCUUUGGAGCCAGCAGGUUCAUGAGUUAUUGUUAAGCCAUGAUUUGGACAUACAAACGCGGCCACAGUCCCUCACAAUUGCUACAACAGUCAGAAAAAGCAUUAAGUGGUCCACCAAGGCCCUCAAUGGUUUUCAAGUGGUCCACAUGGGGGGUUGGAGUUAGGGAACCAUGGUUUCAGAUUGCUUUAAAAUGAUAUGUGAAAAAAGGACUAAUUAGACUGGCAAAGUUUGUGGAAACUUUAGCACAAAAGUAUCAAGGUGUGACAUUAAAAAUGAAUAAGGGCAGCAGAUCUCGAAGGAGAGCAAGAGAGUGAUACUCCUCACUAGGUCAGCAGUCAGGAUAUUAUUCAUUUAUGGAAGGUAUGCCGCACUGCCAGCACAAUGCCAGUCAAACCCCUGAGCUCGUCAUGCUCACUGAGCAUGCUCAGUCCUUACUGGGCAGUCAGGGGUUUCCCUCCUUGGCAGGGCUUUCCCUGCUGUGCUUCUGCAAACACCCCAGUUCUCCAAAGGCUACUGGUCCCUCUUCUUCUUCUGUAUGGUUGAUUCUAUUUUGGCCACCAGAGGAUCCAUACUUGGUCAAUGAGUCCUCUUUUAUAGGACCCUGCACACUGACUCUUCUCACUCUGUUGGAUCUGUGCUGGAAGGAAUUGUGAAAGAAGCAGGAGAUGACCAUUUCUGAUCUGCAUGGAUGUCGAUGGUCAUGUGAUACUUGCGCUGACUGGGAUUGGCGCAAGCCAGAGGCUUCAAUGUAGCAAAUGUACGUAAGAGAAUGCAAUGGAGCUUCUGACUCACAGGCUGCAGUCCAAGAUUGCCGUGUCCAUCAGCCAGAUCUCUACUGCUAUGCGGAUUAGUGCAGCCGUGUGUCAUGGAGCCGAUUGCCUAGUGGGGUAGCUUCUCUUUUUCAAUGGCAGUCAUUCCCACGGGCCCCGCAGAGGACCUUAAGGUCCACAAAGAACAACACUCUGGAGGUCCCGAGCUGCAAGGUGGUUAAAUUGUAUUUUAACCCAUAUUUUAAUUAACUGUUUUUUCCCUUUUCUUCCUAUUACGUUUUAUUGUAACUUCAUUGGUGUUAGCUGCCCUGAGCCAGGGAGGGCGGGGUAUAAAUAAACUUCUUCUUCUUCUUCUUCUUCUUCUUCUUCUUCUUCUUCUUCUUCUUCUAUGAUAGGACUGGCACUAUAUGCCUGGCAUCCUGCUGGGUUCAGAUUUCUUCUGUGCUUUUAGUACCAGCCCUUAACAUGGGGAGUUUCAGAAGAAGAAGAUGAACUCAGGUGUGGAAAUGUACUUCUGUGCCCAAACCAUUUUUAACUAGAGGCUCAUCCAGACUUCCUUUUGCACACACUUUCCAAAUAAAACUCUGUAUCCCUACCCUUAACAUCCAGUUUUCUAGGUGGAUCCUUCCUGGCGGGUGUUUGGGGGAGCAUUCAGUCAAGAGAGCAUUCAAUCCAAAAUAAUACAUCCCUGCUGCAGGUAAACCACCAGCCCAUAUUAUAUGAAAGAUUUGCAAAGUUUGUCAUCAGGUUUCUUUUCCUUUUCAUUCAUUCAGGUUUUUUGGCCACUGGUAUAAAACAGCAAAAUAGUGCCCUCUGGAAGCUGUAACAGGAAACAGCAGGAGUGAAAUGAAGACUUGCUGCAGUGCUAUUUAAAUGCAUGUGUAUACAGUUAGGUUCUAAAUAAUCACAUUAGUAGGUUUGCCAAUACAUGAACUACAAUCUUGUGGCUUCUAUAUAUCAUAGAAUCAUAGAACCGUAGAGUUGGAAGGGACCCCCAGGAUCAUCUAGUCCACCCCCCUGCAAUGCAGGAAUCUCAGCUAAAGCAUCCAUGAGAGAUGGCCAUCCAGCUUCUGCUUAAAUACCUCCAUGAAGGAGAGUCAACUGCCUCGCGAGGGAGGCUGCUCCACUGUCCAACAGCUCUUACUGUCAGAAAGUUCUUCCUGAUGUUUAGUUGCAACCUCCUUUCUUGUAACUUGCAGCCAUUGCUUUGAGUCCUGCCCUCCAGAGCAGGAGAAAACAAGCCUGCUCCCUCCUCCAUGGGACAGCCCUUGAGAUACCUGAAGAUGGCUCUCAUAUCUCCUCUCAGUCUCCUCUUUUCCAGACCAAGCAUACCCAGCUCCUUCAACUGUUCCUCAUAAGGCCUCAUAUAUACUGAGAUUCACAUGAGCAGGGGCUCUGUCCACACAGGCAGAGUGUUUUUCUCCUUCAUAGUCAUAGCUGUCAACGUUCCCCCUUUUUAAAAGGAAAUUCCCUUAUUCCGAAUAGGAUUCCUCACAAGAAAAGGGAAAAGUUGACAGCUAUGUUCAUAGUAGAGAAUGGAGAGCCCUUGCAUAUAUUAGGAGGUCUGUGUGUGCCCCAAGUUACAAGGAGAAAUGGAAAACUCUAAAUAUUUGCUAGGCAAGUUUUGCUGCUAACAAGGCAUUUACAGACAAACGAGCUUCUGAGAGGCUUGAGAGGUGAGAUUUCCCCCCUUUCUUUCCUUUUGUUGAAAUUGGGCAGGCUUCAUCCCCUCAGAAGGGGUGACUAUAUGUGUGAAUUGCACCCAAAUUCUGCCAAAAAACCCAAAAAGUUAUAUAGACUUUAGUUUUACUUUAAAAAACCCUAUAAAGGUGCCCUGCACUUGAAGACUUGGAUGGGUUUAAUCCAUUCUGAAGGGGCUUCUGUGUGUGCAUUUCAUGCACUUUGGCCCCAAAGGGAGAAGCCUCCUUUAGCAUCUCCAUUAUGAUGAAUAGGUAGCACUGAGGCUUGUUUUACAUAGAACAGCUUGGAAGCAGAGAGUGGUAACUUUCUAAAGAGAGAAUUUUUUUAAAAUGUGCAGAUACAGGUGAAUUGGGGGGAGGGCUAUGCUCACUUCAGCAUAUACAGGACUUUAGGUAGUAGUUACGCAACUGCUGAAAAGCUUUAAUAGUUUUCUUGAUGGUACAGCAAGCACUAAGUGGAGCUGGUCAUUUAAUCUGGUUUCCCCAUAGUGACCAUUGCAUGAUAACCAGCCCUUGGCCUUGUUUUUAACAACUGGCCAAGGGCUUCUUUCACUGCAGCUUUCCUAUCUGUUCUCUGUGAGAAGAUAUAUAGCUGACCAGGCUCCCUCCACGGCUCCCUGCUCCCUUGCUGAGCUGCCGCUUGGUGAAUGGGCUCCAGGAAGAAAGGGGUCCACAUGGCCCUGCCAGGGCCCCCUGCCAACCUUGGCAGGGCCACUCUUUGCUGUGGUUGCCUCUCCAGCUGCUCUCCCCAAGCUAAUGAGCAGGGAGAAGAAGCAGUCGCCUCGCCUCCUUUCCCUCUUCCACGGGGCAACGCAGCAGAGAUGCUGAUGGGCUCUUUGCACCCUUUGUGUAGCACCCCCAAGCUAAAGGUUGUUGUUCUUUUUUAAAAAAAGAAUUUUGUUGUGCAGUGAUGUGCUUUAUGCUUGGCCUUGCGCUCACCUUAUCAAAAGUCUUUGCUGUGAAGUCGUACUUAGCUCAGGCCUAUGAAAGAUGAUCACACCUUAAAGAUGAAGUACAAUGAAGUUUUCUUGCACAGAAUGUGAUUAUUCCAUUUCUUGAGCAGCCUUCCUGUUUUAUUAAUGUGGUGACAUGAUCAUAUUCUGCUGUAUACUUCAUAAGGGCAAAUGCCGAAGCCCUUGUGGAGCUGAGUUUAUAUUCAUUUAUAUUGUGUAAUCUGAAACCUGGAUUGGUAUAAUAACUAACUGGCCUUGCUCACCAGCCUUUUCUCAUGCAGUAAGAUGAGCGUGCACUAAUAUUUGUUUCUUAGCAGAUUAUUCUGAAUGCAUUAUCAAAAGAAAAAAUGGUCACCAAUAAGACAGAUGUGACCGAAGUUUCAUCCCUUUGACCCUUGUCCAUCUUGGCUGCUUAAUGAGUAACUCCUUGGGUUAUUUGUUGCAAUUUUUAAUGUCUUUAACAUAUUUUACACUUGCUGCCCCUAGGCUUGUGUUUUACUUUGUUUUAAGGGUUAACUGUAUCUUGCUAUUGCUUUUAGAAAUUGCUGCAUUGCAUUUUUAAUUAUUACAUUAUUUGGCUUUAUUAUUAUAUUCUAUGCUGCUCUUCAGUAGAAGAGUUGGAUACAGUCAAGCCUUGGUUGUCGAACGUAAACAGUUCCAGAAGCCCAUUCAGCUUCCAAAGCGUUUGACAACCAAGGCGUGGCUUCCAGUUGGUUGCAAGAGCUUCCUGCGCUCAAGCGGAAGCCGCGUCGGAUGUUCAGCUUCCAAAAAAUGUUCAAAACCAGAGCAUUUACUUCCGGGUUUUCGGCAUUUGGGAGCCGAAAUGUUUGAAAACGGAGCUGUUCAGGAACUGAGGUUUGACUGUAUAAAUAAACUGUUGCUCUUAAGUUUAGCUGACAUUUAAGUGAUUCAUGGAUGUAAUAUGAAGACACUUAGGCCAUCUUCAUAGACCGGUCAGGGCUGUCUAGGAAGUGUUGUGUACAUCACAAGGGAGUUGGGAUAGCAAAAAUGGGACAAAAGAGCUAAGAUUUGGAUGUUAGUUCCAAUUAAGAGUUGUCACCAGACGUCAUUCAAAGCAAUUUUACCCUAUUCUUCAGCUAGAAGUACUCCCAGAGUGGCUUACAGAUUAAUGAAAACAACACACCUGAAAGCACCUGAAGCAAAAAUGUUAACAUAAAUUAGGAAGUUCCUACUCAGACUAAUUGAGUUUUUUGAUGUAAGCCAAAAGAGUUUCAACAAGGUUAGGAAUAUUUCUUAGUGGGGGUCUGCAUAGCUCUAGUUAAAAUGGGUUUCAGUUUGACAAGGGAAGAGGGCAGGCUUCGGGGGGGGGGGGUGCCUCAGGUGCCUCCACAUUGGCAAAAUUAUUCUUCUACACCAAACCUUUAUUAGGCAAUACAAAUAUAGGUUAUCAUAAAACAUCCAUAGAUAAAUGUUUAGAAUAUAUACAAAUAAACAGCCAUGUAAAAUGAGGAUUUUCAUUGGACUUUCUUCCCACUAAAUAGUGCCAUUCAUCACUCUAAGAGAUACUGUUGAUAAAAACUCUUAUUGGCAAAAUUCAGGAAAACUUCCAUUCAAGCCCUCCUCCAAUGCACAAAACUGAACAGACAAAUGAUGUUAAAUUAUUUGGAAGUAAACAAAAUAUAUGUGUAAACAUAGUUAUGAUUGAGCUGUUAAUAUGUGGUGUUAAGUAUAACUUGAAAGUAAUUUUUUAAUACUUUGUAUUCAUUUAUACAAUUAUUUAUGUGCUGCUUUUGGGUGCACAGCCUUCCCAUGGCAACUCACAAUAUUGUAAAAGCACCGUGAAUACAAUAAUCUUAAAUAACCAAAACUAACAAAAGCAGCAACAUUGACAGGGCCAGUUAAAACAGUUAACAGAGCCUAUUAGACCAACUGAGCAGAGCUAUAGUUUGCAACAUAGCGCUGUAGGAAAAGCUGCACUCAAGAAAAGGUGGUGGUUUUUUUAAAGGUGGGGUUGGAGGCCAGACCCCCCUCUGGGAAGAAAGCCUGGCCUGCUCAAGCUCUGUUGAAACAGGUGGGACUUUCUUCCGAGUUAACUGUGGCACAAAUGGCCUUCUUGAGGCACUUGAUCGCUGUUUCUAUUAAGCCUCUGUGGAGGGAGGAUCCUGGCGUUUCAUUAUGGCCUUUAGAUAACUCCUGGCAUUCCAACAACAACACCUUCCAAAUGAGCAUUACUGUUAAAUUAAAAGUCUUUCCAAAAGAAACUGAUGCCCCGCAGGAGCAUUUUGUCCCCCACGCUUCUCUUAUUGGGAUUUUGUUGUUCUUGUUAGAAGCCAUGGCAGUGAAACAUAGUUCAGAUUUGUUCAGCCGCAGUUCAGAUGAGCUCUGCGUUGACAUACCCAGAGCAGGUGACAGAGAAGGUCAGGGGCUGGAAGAGCACCGUGUGUUGAUCAGAACAGGCUCACUGACGGGACUUCUAGGUAGAGUUCUCAUUCGGCAGGUUUGUACUUUGCACUUGUCUCCUUGUCUCCUUGUCUCUGGCCCUGGUCCCUCUUCCACUUCUUGCUGCCUGUCCACACGGCUCUCCAGGUGUUGAGGAAGAGGUCUAAGUGCGGGGCCUGGAAGCUUCCCUGUGACUUCAAACCUGAGGGAGGAGGCAGAGCUUAACCAGCGUGGUGUCAUCAUUCAUUGAAUUAUAACCCUUUGAAGGAAGACUGUGUGAGACGGGGAUCAUAGAUCCACAGAACUGCAGCAUUGGAAGGGAACAUGAGGGUCAUCUAGCCUAACCCCCCACAAUGCAGGAAUUUUUCAGCAUAGGGCUCAAACAGACAACCCGGAGAUUAAGAGUCUCAAGCUAUAUUUUUCAUAUGCAUACACCCAGAGGACUGCAGGUCAUCCAUCCCUGCUUUAAAUGAAUGGGAAUAACCAAUUGAUACAUUCCAGUUGUUUUUCUGUAAAAAUGCAGAACACAGGAUGAAGUAAGAACAGUAUAGGGGGGGGGACAUUAUAGUUGAAAUGUAAUACCUAAAAAAGAUGGAUUAUGCUCUUAUUGCUAAAUAAAGUUCAACUAGUAAUAUGCAAUAUAAAUGGCUUGCAGCCUCUUCCCACCACCGCUUGAGAAUUCUAAGAAAUCAAUAUAUCAGUGCAGUUUUGAAAGCUUCGAUCUCAAAAUGUAAGACAAAAAACUGCAGGAAGAUUCCUUGCCCACCUUCCCACUCCCCACUUCAUACACACAUUUUUUGUUCCCCAAAUGGUCUUCUCUUCUCUGCUGCAUUGUAUUUUAUGCAUAUGUCACAUUACUCUAUGAGCUUGCAGAGACCCUCUCUGCAGCCUGCCUCUGAAUAGGAGAAUGAAUGAAAGGCAGAGAAUGACAUGUUUUGUUUUUAGCUCUGUGAGCCAGCAAAAUGAGCAGCGUCGGCAGGAACCUUGGGGUGCACGUCUUUAGGUCCCCUCGAAAUGUGUGUAAUGGAAAUAAUAUGCUUUGGAAGAUAACAUUGAGAUUUAAGGAAACACUCUGAUAUCAUUUUGUAAAAGCUGGGGCAGAGGGAAACACAUGGGGGAUGGAUUUCCAUAUAAUGCUGAGAAGAAACUAUUUGUCCUGAGGUACCAAUAGCUCUCUGCUCUCCUGUGAGCUAACUCCACCCUCUUCUCUGGCACGGGGCUAUUUUGGGCUGGCUGUGUGAGCCAGAGCUCUGACAGAUGAGCACUCUGAAACACAACGCAGCACAGUUAGCACUUGUUGCUCCUGUGAAGCAUUAAACCGUAGCAGAGUCUUCUGAUAAGUCCUCUCCCCGUUUUUGAAAAUUCUCAGCUAGGAAAUUUAUUUUCUCUGCUAACAGAAGUUUCAGAAACAGCAAAGAGAUGGUUUAGAGGAGGGGAAGAAAGCAUCGCAAGGCUUCUCUUUUCCCCCUUAUUAUAAAAGUAAGCAUAGCUGUUGUGGAGCUGGAACCUUUAUUGCUUUGUGGUGUAAGCAGAACACCUCCUAGCUGGGGGGGGGGGGUAAAAAAUGACAGACUCAUCUCCUGCAAAUGGAGAAGGAAAGGACCCUGAAAUCGAGCUCUUUGUAAAGGUAGGUGAGACAUGGAAAUGCUUUAACUCUCUUGUCAGCUGGGCUUCCACUGAAUGCACUGAACUCUCCUGCUGCUCCUGGCAGGGCUGACUCUGACAGCUCGGUGUUCCCUUGGAGGUGUUUCAGUUUUGUGCUUCUGUUCUCUUGCUUGUUCUCUUGUGUGCUGUUGUUUGCCUUCCUUCCUGCUUACUGCGCUAGUCUUUGUUGUCUACGGUGCCACAAUCUCCUCAUUCGCGUGGGCUAGGCAUGCCACAAAGAGCCUUGCUUCCAUCUUUUGAAUUCUGUAUUAGUGUGAGAGAGAACGUGUCCCUCUGAGGAAACAGGAGGGAGGGUCUCGUCCCAGAAACCCCUUUGGCACCGCACACAUCUGCAUGUGAAGAAUUCUGUGAACCCUCUCCCCUUCAAUAUAUAUUUGCAGUGUUACCAUUGUCCAUGGAGAAGUAAAAAUAUAGGCAGAUUUUGUUAUUGUGUGGAACCAGUUCACACUGCUCGAGUGUUUUGGUCAUAGCUUGGUUCCACUUGUGUGAACUUCACUGAAAAUGCUACUGACUGGGACAAAAUGAAAGCUUUUGUGGCUUUUUAUACGUGAAAUAUUUCCACACAUGUUAAGUCACUACAUGUACCUCAGGCAGGUAGAAGAGCAGACGUUCCUCAAGCCGCUCAGCUUGAUAAGCAGCAGACACAAGACACCUGCCUGCAGAUAGGAGCGGCAUGUUCCUCACCCUCCGUCUCCACGCUGAGUAGGGUUGCACUUGUCACACAGCUUGCAGUCACGGGGCCUGCAGAGAUGAGUAGGCUGGCAUCCUUGUGGAGAAAUAGCAGGAAAUGCUACUGGUCAAACUGUGUGCUCCCAUGUGGUCUGGGCAAGUGGUGCUGCCCCUUUUCCAGGGCCCUGUGGAGAGCAAAGGGAGAGCAGGAAGGCAGCAUCAGAAAGCAACCAGCAGUGGCUGCAGCACAUGGUGUCUCCUUCUGGAUGCACGUGCCGGGGUUUGGUAGAGAGUGCUGCUGCUUGUGUGCUCUUUCAGUUUCCCUGCCUCAGCCUUCCUCCCUUGGAGCCUUCCCUGAAGAAGGUGAAGUGUGUCUUGGGACUGCUCUGCUCUGUUCUGUGGGCCCAAAGCAAAUGUCUCCAGUCGUUGCAAUGGCAGGAGGGGAGGUGCUGUUAUUUACCCGCAGGUGAGAGCACCUGCUUAACCUUGUGUCUGCUGCCUGGGAGACCCCAGUCCCAGCUGUUGGGGGCAGGGCACAGUUUUCACAUAUGGCAAAGGAAGGGGGACACAUCUGCAGCAGUUCUGCUUUGUGGCAUAGCUCCCCCUCUUCCCUUGCAUACCUGUGUGGGGUGAUUUUUCUUUGACCCACCACUUAUAGGAACGGGGGGGGGGGUGUUUCACUGUGUUGGAUACAAGGUAUCCAUAAGCAUUCUGGAAAGAGAAAUGUUAUCAAUAUGCUCUUAUAGGUACAGUGGUACCUCGGGUUACAGACGCUUCAGGUUACGGACUCCGCUAACCCAGAAAUAGUACCUUGGGUUAAGAACUUUGCUUCAGGAUGAGAACAGAAAUUGUGCUCCGGCGGUGCAGUGGCAGCGGGAGGCCCCAUUAGCUAAAGUGGUACCUCAGGUUAAGAACAGUUUCAGGUUAAGAACGGACCUCCAGAAGGAAUUAAGUUCUUAACCUGAGGUACCACUGUAUGUCACGAGACCAGGCUGCUUCUGUCCAGGGCCCUCCUGGUGGCCCCCCCCCAAGUCUCCCCUUGCGUGCUCAGUGUGCAAGUGAGAGGCCAGAGAGAGAUGGGCUCAUGCCAUGCGCUCCGUCCUGCUGUUGAUGGGCUUUGGUUGGUUUUAGAGUUUGUCUGACUCCUGACAGCCUGGGCAGGGGAGGAGGCAGCGGGUAGCACUAUUGAGUUUUUUACCUUUACCACAUCCAAAAUCAGUGUAAUGUCAUGCCAAGAAUUGGGGCAGGACCAAGGUCUGGUGAAAUACAGGAAUUGGCUCACGUUGACCCUCAUCCUGGCAUGUUCUGACUGCUCUGGCUUGGCCUGGUGGUCCAUAGUGUGACCUGGCACCAGGGCAUUUCUGCUGGUGGGGGCUUCUCUAGAGGGGGGUUUUAUAGCAGGGCUGCCACCCAGCUAGCACUGAGACUUUGGACCCCCUUCCUGGGGAAAUAUGGCUGGUCCCCCUCAUUUCCCUACUAUUCUUCAAGAGCCACUUAAGAUCUUUUUAUUCACUUGGGUCUUUUGAGAAUUAAAUGUAUUGGGGAUCCAGCAACUGUAAAUUUGACACUGUAGUUUUUAAGAAUUGAUGCAUUUUUAAUUUUGUUAUUGUGAAACAUUUUGUAAUGGUGUUUUAAAUACAUUACAGUACACUAUCCUGAGCUCCUGUUUGGGAGGAAGGAUGGCAUGGAAUGAAAAUAAAUCUGGGGUAUAGGAUUGCACCCACAGUUUCCUGUCUCUGCAGUGUGAGUGCAAAUCUGUAACUGAUAUAAAAUUAGGGCCGAGGCAGAAGUUCUUCUGUCUCCAACUGGUGGUGUUAAGGGAGGAUCAAAACCGUGCACGCUCCAUGGCCUAUUUUUUCCACAGUGGCAUGUUUUGUGGGCCUGGGGGUGCUGCUGUUCCUGGAGCCCGAUGAGCCUGGGAAAACACCAGUGCCUUUUUCUGAGGGUACUCAGGGGUAAGCAGUAUUGGCACCUUCUUUUUCUAGAUGAAAAGCAAUGGAAAACACCAUUUUGUUUUCUUCCCAGCAGCCUCCAGAGUGAAGGGAGAAUACUUCCUGUCCUCAUUCUGUAGUCUGCUGGAAAGAAAAAAUGAGGGUUGCCUCCUGCUACUGAGACGCUGAGGAGAGCAGUCACUGCUGGUGGUAGGUUUGGAGCAUCUCCCAUGAUGGCAGCAGGGGGGAAGCAUGGCUAAGUUUGGGGAGGCAUUUCAGCUCAUCAGCCCUAUUUAAAAUAGGUUCUUUUUAAUUGCCCCAUCCAUCAGUGUGUGAGAGGAAAGGGGGUGGGGGGAGAGGAUAAUGGUGAGUACCAGCAACGUUUUUUCUAGAAAAGAAGCACUGCAAAUACAUGUUAUGAUUCAUAGUGCAAGUGAUGCUGAAAGGUGCUUUAAACAUCAUUCGUGGAAAUUCUCAUAUACACUUAUCUAGAUAUUUUGUAUGAAUGGAGAAUGUUUUGGCAGAAACAAUAGUAAAAUAAUCCACCUAGUUUGGGAGACAGAUCUGUACAAUUGUAUAUUAAGGCUAUUAUGACAAAGUCCCCCAUUGUAUUAUUGCAGAAAAGCUGCUAAAAUGCAGGCUGGACAAGGUAACUGUUAGGUGGAUUUGUACCGGUAGCUGGUUAACUGACCAAACCCAAAGAGUACAAUGGUACCUUGGUUGUCGAACUUAAUCUAUUCCAGGAGUUCGUUCGACUCCCGGAACUGUUCGAAAACCAAGGCACGGCUUCUGAUUGGCUGCAGGAGCUUCUUGGACUCAAUCGGAAGCUGUGGAAGCCGCAUCGGACAUUCAGCUUCCCAAAAACAUUCACAAACCGGAACACUUACUUCCGGGUUUGCAGUGUUCGGAAGCCGAUUUGUUCGGGAGCCAAGCCAUUCGAGAACCAAGGUACCACUGUACCCAUGAAUGGUUCCUUGUCAUCCUAGAAAAAGUGACCAGUGAAGUGCCGCAAGGUUCUGUUAUGGGGCCAUUGUUGUUCAACGUCUUUAUAAAUGACGUGGAUGAAAGAAUUGUGGAGAUGCUCAUCCAAUUUGCAGAUGACACCAAACUGAGAAGGGUUGCUAAUGCUGCAGAAGACAGAAUCAGAAUGCAAAAUGAUCUUAACAGAUUGGAGAAAUGGGUCCAAGCUAACAAAAUGAAUUUCAAUAGGGACAAAUGUCAGGUUCUGCACGUAGGCAGGAAGAACCAGAUGCAUAAAUAUAAAAUGGGGUACACUUGGCUUACUAGCUGUACAUGUGAAAAGUAUCUAGGGAUCUUGGUGGACCACAGGCUUAACAUGAGUCAACAGUGUGAUACAGCAGCAAAAAGAAAGAAAGAAAGAAAGAAAGAAAGAAAGCUAAUGCUAUUCUAGGCUGCAUCAACAGAAGUCUAUUGUCUUGAUGAAGGUAAGUAAUAGUCCCACUCUAUUCUGCCUUGGUCAGAUCACACCUGGAAUACUGGGUCCUGUUCUGGGUCCCACCAUUUAAGAAGGAUAUUGGCAAGCUGGAACGUAUUUAGGGGAGAGCGACCAAGAUGAUCAAGGGCUUGAUGAGUAAUGGUUGAGGGAAUUGCACAGGUUUAGUCUGGAUAAGCGGAGACUGAGAAGUGGCAUGAGAGCAAUCUUCCAAGUAUCUCAAGGGCUGCCACAAGGAAGAUAGAGCAAGCUUGCUUUCUCCUGCUCUAGAAGGUAGGACUCAAACCAAUGGCUUCAAGUUACAAGACAGGAAAUGCUGACUAAACACCAGGAAUAACUUUCUGAUGGUAAGAGUCAUUUGACAGAGGAACAGACUCCCUCAGAAAGUGGUGGGCUCUCCUUCCUUGGAGGUUUUUAAACAGGUUGGAUGGCCAUGGAUGCUUUAUGGAGAUUCCUGCAUUGCCGGGGGUUCUCACUAUGAAGCAAAACACUUGUAAACAUGGCAUGGGAAAACUCAGGGCCAUCCGAUGAAGCAGAAUGUUGUGAGAUUCAGGACAGAUUCAGGAGAGAGGGAGACUUGGAAAUGUAUGAAGAAGCUAUGAAUUGCAAGCAAAUUGGUAAAGAGGCAUCUUUAAAAUUUGAAGUUGGGAGAAAUUGGCCAUGUAUUUUAAAGAGCAGCUUCUUACUGCUACGUUCGAGAAAGAUAAUGGUCCCUUCAUAUGGGAUGCAUUUAGCCUUUCCUAUGAGGCAUUGACAUUUUACUAUGGUGUGAAAACAGAAUUGCUCCUUUUGUAAUGUUAGAAACUGUUGGGUUAUGGGCAGCUGGUGCUAAAGCAAAAGUCAGUAACAAUGUUCCUAACAUUUGGCUUUUAAAUGGCAUAUAAAAGGCCUGCACAAUUUGUGGCCCACAAAUUCUAAAAGCAUUCUGAAAGAUAUUUGUAGGAGCCCAGCAGAAAUUGCUCUUGCUGCUCCCCUGGUACUGCAGAAACAUGGGCUUGUGUAAGGGAUGCUUUCAAGCCAUCUGCAGGCCACAGGACAGGGAUAUCGAGCUUUCUUUCGAUUGAUGUGCCACACAUUUUACAGACAUGCCCCCAUUCUGAAGUUGUAUACACCAGAGUUCACAAGCCUCUUUUACUUGACAAGCCCCUCUCCCAGUGGAGGAACAAACUCCCAGUGGCUGCAUUUCGUUGUGACUGUUUCACCUCCUCUUUCAGAAGCCUCUGCAGGCUGGUUGUUGGGAAUCCCAAGUGGGAAGAGUGUUGCUGCACUUGUGGGCGUCUGGUUGGCCACCGUGUGCUGGACUUCAUGGCCUGGUCCAGCAGUGCUCUUCUUGUGCUCUUACGUUAAGCGUGUGGCUUACUUCUGAAGUGUACGCUUAGAGACAAGGCACUUCAGUGCCCCCCAGAUGUCGCCCCUAACAAUUGCCCUCGCUGCCUGGGGCUGAUGGAAGUUGAAGUCUCACAACUUCUGGAGGGAAGAAGGGUGGGGGAGGCUGGUCUAGUGGUUAGAGUCCAGGACCAAGGGAGACUCAGGUUCAAAUCUUCACGAUGCUCAUUAACCUUGGACCUGCCACUCUGCCAGCCUGUGUCCUCUGGCUCUAGCCCCCAGUGACUGAUUGUGCCCCCCCCCCCCCGUUUGGAGAUGCCUAAAGAGGCUAUUAUUUCCGUUGCUGUUAAAACACUUCCUACCAACUCUAAUUUUUUGCUAAUUAUAACUGCUUUAAUAAAAGCAAUAAAAUAUAGAGGGAAUGAAUAGGUGUGUAAUAUCCAGUUGUUUUGAAUGAAAACAGCACAUCUUCCCCUCAUUUCCAACAAAUAUUGCUGAUUUGAAUAUGUGUGGUUUGCCAGUUUUAGUAGAGUCAUGCAUCAAACAAUACAAAAUAAUGUGGAAAUUCUCUUUUAAAGUAAUGCAUAGAUAGAUAUUUGGCCCAUUACAAAAAAAUUGUUUCCAUUGAGAAAUAGAAUCUGAAAUUUCUGUACCUUGUAGUUUCACUAUCUUGAGCUAAAUUGGUUAGCCGAUCAUUCAACAUCCCAUCCUUGUCUAAUGAUUUUUCUCUCCCCAACAAAGUCAUUUCCCCACAUUUCUAUCUCUUAAAUCUUUAUACCUGAAACUCUUUCACUGGUAAUGCUCUCAUUUAACCUACCAGUUAAGUCAUUAUUAUUACUUUUACUUAAGUUUAUUAUGUCAAUGGGCUUGUAAUUUUAGUUAACCAAGGUUGUAGUUUUACUUUUGGCCUGAGAACUGAACAUUUAAAAGUCAUCUCAAUGAGUCCUUUGGUCCUUCUAACCCAGUAAUGGUUACAGGCUGUGGCUAUUUAAGAUCUCAGGCGCUGGUUUUUUGUAGCUUUGCUUCCUGUUAUCUUUUAACUGAAGAAGCAAGUGACUGAACCAGAGACCUUCUGCACACAGAGUACAUGAUCUGCCCACUUGAAACCCCGUCCUUGUUCUUGCUGUCCCCUAACUCUCCUUGUAUCUCUAUCUGCCCUAAAUCUUAUUUCAUAGAAUCAUAGAAUCAUAGAGUUGGAAGAGACCACAAGGGCCAUCGAGUCCAACCCCCUGCCAAGCAGGAAACACCAUCAGAGCACUCCUGACAUAUGGUUGUCAAGCCUCUGCUUAAAGACCUCCAAAGAAGGAGACUCCACCACACUCCUUGGCAGCAAAUUCCACUGUCAAACAGCUCUUACUGUCAGGAAGUUCUUCCUAAUGUUUAGGUGGAAUCUUCUUUCUUGUAGUUUGGAUCCAUUGCUCCGUGUCCGCUUCUCUGGAGCAGCAGAAAACAACCUUUCUCCCUCCUCUAUGUGACAUCCUUUUAUAUAUUGGAACAUGGCUAUCAUAUCACCCCUUAACCUCCUCUUCUCCAGGCUAAACAUGCCCAGCUCCCUUAGCCGUUCCUCAUAAGGCAUCGUUUCCAGGCCUUUGACCUUUUUGGUUGCCCUCCUCUGGACACGUUCCAGUUUGUCAGUGUCCUUCUUGAACUGUGGUGCCCAGAACUGGACACAGUACUCCAGGUGAGGUCUGACCAGAGCAGAAUACAGUGGCACUAUUACUUCCCUUGAUCUAGAUGCUAUACUCCUAUUGAUGCAGCCCAGAACUGCAUUGGCUUUUUAGCUGCCGCGUCACACUGUUGGCUCAUGUCAAGUUUGUGGUCAACCAAGACUCCUAGAUCCUUUUCACAUGUACUGCUCUCAAGCCAGGUGUCCCCCAUCUUGUAUUUGUGCCUCUCAUUUUUUUUCCCAAGUGCAAUACUUUACAUUUCUCCCUGUUAAAAUUCAUCUUGUUUGUUUUGGCCCAGUUCUCUAAUCUGUCAAGGUCGUUUUGAAGUGUGAUCCUGUCCUCUGGGGUGUUAGCCACCCCUCCCAGUUUGGUGUCAUCUGCAAAUUUGAUCAGGAUGCCCUUGAGUCCAUCAUCCAAGUCGUUGAUAAAGAUGUUGAAUAAGACCGGGCCCAAGACAGAACCCUGUGGCACCCCACUAGUCACUCUUCUCCAGGAUGAAGAGGAACCAUUGAUGAGCACCCUUUGGGUUCGAUCAGUCAGCCAGUUACAAAUCCACUGAGUGCCUGUUUUGCCGCUAGCCUUCCUCUCUUGCCUAAAUAUACAGGUCUCCAGUGCAAUAUUUAUAGACCACUUUGGUCAUUCUUUUUGGUGUAUAAUUCAACCAAAUUAAUAAAGUCUUGCUGGCCGGAGCAGACGGAAGGGAAGGCUUUACAAGGGGACUAGAGAAAGAAUGAUGGAGGAGGCUCAGCAGCAGUUUACUUUUCAAGCCUCAGGGUGCUGACCUGUGAAGCAGCAUCACUGGACGGGGAACUGGCAUCCCUAGCAGGAGACAUUCAGAAGACUUUAAUCCAGGCAAUCUCUUGGUUGUUUUCUUGUAGUGAGAAUUACACAGUCAAACCUCGGCUCCCGAACAUCUCCGUUGUCGUACGUUUUGGCUCCUGAACGCCGAAAACCCAGAAGUAACUGCUCCAGUUUUUGAAUGAUUUUCGGAAGCUGAAUGGCUUCCGGGAGUUUUUUCUUUUUUCUCCAUUGACUUUGCCGACCGCACUUUGAUCCUCGGUUGUCAAAUGUUUCAGAAGUCGAACAGUCCUCCGGAACGGAUUUCAUUCAGCAACCGAGGUUUGACUGUAGUAGUGCAAAGGGCCAGGUAUUUGGCUUUGGAUGCAAAGGUUUCAAGACAUGGAGAGUGUUAUGUACUGAGUUGAAUAGGAUCCAAACUGCAGCAGUCUGAUUGGUCCUAGAACAAUAGGAUCCAAAAGGCAGCAGUCUGAUUGGUCCUAGAACAAUAGGAUCCAAACUGCAGCAGUCUGAUUGGUCCUAGAACAAUAGGAUCCAAAACGCAGCAGUCUGAUUGUUCCUAGAACAAUGCAGCAGUAUGAUUGGUUGGCAGGAACCACCCAAUCAUGCUCCAGAUAGAAGUGAAUCCACAACCUGAUUGGCUUACAGUAGAAUUCCGGAAUUAACCAAUCAUGUGCAGCCCAUUGUGUAAAUAAUGUAUAUAAAGCAGAUACUGUGAGGGGACUUUCAUUCAUUCCUCCUCACCACUAUGAGCUGAAUAAAGAGCAUGAAAUCACUUUGUGACUCUGAGUAUAUUUCAGAGAGGUUCCAUCCUACUAUUGCAAUUGCUGCAAUCAUUCACAAUAGUUUCCAGCAAUUUUACUUUUUCUGUGCACACUUGUGCUUGCACGGUGUCUGUGUCCCUGCUAUCUGCAUGCUUCUAAACUGUAGUGCCGGUUUUUGUGUCAUGAUGCUGUGAUGGAAGUGAAGCUCCUGGAACUGUAUGAGGCUAAGGAGAAGGCAGAGGUCAUUCCACAACAGUAAAUGUCACAGGGAUCAUUUGACAUUGCAUCCCAAAAAUAUACUGGAGGGAUUUUGCAGAAGGUCAGCAGAAAGCGCUCUUUCUCAUGAUAGGAAGUUCACGGUCACGGUCAGUUUGGUAGACAAUUGCAUGGUAUAGUCAUUUGGUGAGUGGACUACUCUGAAGUAAAUGGCAAAUGUUUCCUUUGGCUUCAAGUGAGGGAGCAUGAAAUUCCAGUUCGGCAAAUAUGCCAGGGGAGAACGUUGCUUCUUAACAUGCACUUUUCACUAAAAAAAAUAAAUAACUGAUAGAAAACAUUGCUGUUUUAUUGCUAUAGUGUAGUAUGUUUGGCAGACCUGAUUUUGCAGACGCUGUCGUAAUCUGCAAGGAAUUCCCACAUGACAGGGCUCAUGUUCCCAGCCUUCAUGUCACGUUUGCAGACAUUUUUGCAAUACAGGGUGUGCAGGGCUAGCAGGAUGCUAGCAAGUGUGCCCUGGGGGAAGGGGGGCUGGAGUCUGACUUGGGCGAGGGGGCCAGGGAAUUGUGGGUACCUGUACUAGCCAGGAGGCAAAAGAGAGGCAGGGGAAGCUUCAGAGUUGGAGGAUGGAGCCCAGGAUGGGUCAGAAGAAGAGGAGGAAGAGGCAAGUCAGGCAAGGGAAGGGCUGGGUGCUUCCCCACCCUCUAUUGCACCACUGUCUCCCAGAACCAGGAGGGGAUUGAAAGGGGAAGAGCAGAGGGAACUUCCAUGCAGGGGUAGUCUCUGGCUAAGUGCACACAGCCUGUCUGCGGCAGAUACAUAAACUGGUGGAGGGGAAGUGGCCCCCUGUUGCUGCAACUGCUCCCUAGAGCGCAGACCCGGGAAUAGCUGCCUAGAUGCUCGACGUGUGUGUGUGUAUUGAGGAGGGGUGUUUGGAGCCAUAGGAAUGACUGGAAGUGUCCCCUUUUGGCUAUCUGCUGUGUGCAUUCCUUUGGCUGGGCAGUGGCUGUGGCUCAGAGUCGGCCUGCCAAGAGGCCUGGUGCCUGAAGCCAGUUCCCCAUUCAAAGGACAUGACCAAAGCAGCACUGGCAUCGCUGAGACAAGAAUGUGAACAUGCUGGGGAUGUGGGCUUGGGACAAGAGAUGGAUCUUCAGGAUGAGAUUUGGAAGGCUGCAGCAGGAUUGAUCAGCACCUCUUCUUUCAAAAAUUAAGCAAGGAUACACUGUGGCAGUGACUUCUCUAGCGGUAUUUCGGAAAUAAGUGUAAUUGCCAACAGCAAAACCUUCAUUUUUGAAUCCAUUGUUGUAAACCGUAUUUCUUCUGGAGUUACAACUUUCAACACUGCUCUGCACUGUAUUGAUAUAUACUGUGCAAUUAACAAAGUUCCUUUUACUGUGAUGACAGCUGGUAAUGAAUGAUAUAUCUUGCAAGGACUCCAUGGGAAUCCAGUGCAUUUAUUUAUUGUUUAUGGGGAAGUACCAUAGUUCAUUUCAUACAAAAGGUCCCAGAUGUGAUCCCUGACACCUCCAGGAAGAGCAAGGAGUGUCCCUGUGAUGAAACUCUGCAAAACUUAUCAGCCAAAGGCCUAGUUAAAGAGGACCAUUAAAACCAGCCCUUUGAAGUGGGCCGGAAACUACAGUGGUACCUCGGGUUAAGAACUUAAUUCGUUCUGGAGGUCCAUUCUUAACCUGAAAGUGUUCUUAACCUGAGGCACCAUUUUCACUAAUGGGGCCCCCCACUAUCCCCACACUGCCAGAGCACAAUUUCUGUUCUCAUCCUGAAGCAAAGUUCUUAACCCGAGGUACUAUUUCUGGGUUAGAGGAGUCUGUAACCUGAAGAGUCUGUAACCCGAGGUACCACUGUAAUGGGCAGUCAGUGCAGUCAGGACAGGAUCAGUGCAAUAUGCUCAAACAAACUUGCCCCAGUGAGCAUUCAGAACAACAGUUGAGUUUACCGCAUUUUCCCAUGUAUGAGACGACCCCUAUUUUUGUAAACCCAAAAUUAAGAAAUUAAUAUUUUUAAACAUCCACAGAACAACUUUUAUAUUUUACUAAAUAUUCAAAGCACUGGCACAGGCGUAGCAGCCCCUGCAAGGCGCCUGAGGCGGGUUGUGUGUGUGCACAAGUGGGCAGCAACAGAGCAGGCCCCACAAACAACUGAGAUCGCCCAAAGUUCUGGAAGGACAGUGGCUCCAUGCCCUGCAGCCCACGCGCCACGCGCGCACACACACACACACACACCCUGCCUUCUUAUGCUAAUGAGCACCAGUAUAUUUAGUGGUAAGUGUGAUGAUUGGAGCAUUCACCAUCCGUAUAUAAGACAACCCUCAUUUUUGACUAAUUUUUUUAAGCAAAAAACCAUUGUCUUAUACACGUACAAAUAUGCCACUUUAUCAGAAGCUGAAAGUGGCCAAGGAGAUGAUGGACUAUUAGAUGACAAAUGGAAACUACAGGAGAAGAGAGUAAUGGAGUGUGCUUCUUGGGGGUCCAUCUGCCCUUACCUGUGCAUUGUAAGCAGGGCUGCAUUCCUCCCUAGAGGUUGGCCUUGGCCGGAAAUGCUGCUAUUGUUUGCCCCUGUUUUUCUAGUUCCCUGUUCCUUUUGUGAUGGACAACAGGCAUGUGGUGCGAAUGUUUUCCUUUUUGCUGCUGAAAGGGCAGAUUACUUCACACAGAUGUGGAUGCAUAUCAAAAGAAUAAAUAUUCCCCCCUCUGUCUGUUGUAAUGAGCCAUUGUUAGAGAUUAUUAUGCAAACUGGGUUCAUUUGGUGUUUUAGUCAUAGUGGCUGAUCAUUUGACACCUGAAUAGAAAAGAGCUGCACUGUAGAAAAUUCUCACAGUUGUGGGAGCCCCAGGAAAGCGAGUUUCAGUAUUUUUAUUAAUCUCUACUUUCUUUUCAGAACAUCAUCUCCUGAUCAUUGCAUGGUCAACAUCUUUUACCUCUCACUGUAUAUCUGCCUAUUCUCUAUUCUACUAAGCUUUGGCUUCAAGCAAACACUAGCUGAGUAAAAGAAAUUAGUUUUCCACCAACUUCUGUCCCAACACAAAAUGUCAUUUCUGGAAGAGGAAGGAGGAGAAUCACAGAAUCAUAGAAUUGGAAGGGACCCCAGGGUCAUCUAGUCCACCCCCCUGCAAUGCAGGAAUCUCAGCUCAAGCAUCCAUGACAGAUGGCCAUCCAACCUCUGCUUUAAAACCUCCAAGGGAGUCCACAACCUCCCAAGGGAGACCGUCCACUGUCUAAAAGCUCUUACUGCCAGAAAGUUCUUAAUGAUUUUUAAUUGGAAUCUCCUUCCUUGUAACUUGAAGCCCUUGGUUCAAGUCCUACACUCCAGAGCAGGAGAAAACAAGCUUGCUCCAUCUUACACGUGACAGCCCUUAAGAUAUUUUAAGAUGGCUAUCAUACAUCGUCUCAGUCGCCUCCUUUCCAGGCUAAACAUACCCAGCUCCUUCAACCUUUCCUCGUAAGUCUUGGUUUCCAGACCUGUGACUAUCUUGGUUGCCGCCCUCUGUGCAUGUUCCAGCUUGUCAAUAUCAUUCUUAAACUGUGGUGCCCAGAACUGGACACAGGACUCCAGGUUUGGUCUGACCAAGGCAGAAUAGAGUGGUAUUAUUACUUCCUUUGAUCUGGACACUAGACUUCUGUAGAUGCAGCCUAGAAUAGCUUUAGCUUUUUUUUUGCUCUUGCAUCACACUGUUGACUCAUGUUAGGCUUGUGGUCCACCAAGACCCUUAGAUCCCUUUCACAUGUACUACUAGUAAGCCAACUAAUAGCUCUGUAAGCCAGCUGCCCCCUGUCUUAUAUUUAUGUAGCUGGUUCUUCCUGCUGAAGUGCAGAACCUGACCUUGGUGCCUAUUGAAAUUCAUUUUGUUAGUUUGGGCCUAGUUCUCCAACCUGUUAGGGUUGAAUCGUGAUUCUGUCUUCUGUGGCAUUAACUACCCCUCCCAGUUUGGGAUCAUCUGCAAAUUUGAUGAGCAUUCCCUCAAUUCCUUCGUCCAAGUCUUUUAUAAAGAUGUUGAGCAACAAUGGGCCCAGGACUACGGUCCCUGCAGCACCCCACAUGUCACUUUCCCCCAUGAUGACUAGGAACCAUUAAUGAGUCCUCUUUGGGUUUGGUCAGUCAAUCAGCUACAAAUCCACCUUAAAGUUACCUCAUUCAACCCACAUUUUAUCAGCUUCCUUGCAAGAAUAUAAUGCAAAUUUUUGUCAAAAGCCUUACUGAAAUCACUAUGUCCACAGCAUUCCCCUGAUCAAUGAAGCUGGUGACUCUAUCAAAAAAAGAAAUGAGAUUUGUCUAGCACAGGGGUAGUCAACCUUUUUAUACCUACCACCCACUAAUGCAUCUUUCUUGAUGGUAGAAUUUAUUUACCGCCCCCCAGCGCUCGAUGGAAGGCGGAUUCAGCUUGUGGCGUAGAACCCCCUACCGCCCACCCAGAAUCCUGAAACACCCACUAGUGGGCAGUAGGGACCAGGUUGACAACCCCUGGUCUGGCAUAACUUAUUUUUGAGACACCCAUGCUGAGUCUUGGUAAUCACAGCAUCCUUUUCUAAAUGCUCACAGACCGACUAUUGAAUUAUCUGUUCUAGGAUCUACCCUGGUAUCAGUGUCAAGCUCACCGGUCCAUAGGUACCUGGGUCUUCUCUCCCCCCCCCCUUUUGAAGAUGGAGACAACACUUGCCUGCCUCCAGUCUGCAGAACCUCACUUGUUCUACAAGAAUUUUCAAAGAUCAUAGACAAAGUCUCUGACAUUACAUCCACAAGCUCCUUUAGUACCCUUGGAUGCAGCUUAUCAGGCCCUGGAGAUUUGAAUUUAUUUAAAGUAGCGAGGUGUUUCCUUACUACCUCUUUUCGUAUCUUGGGCUGCAGCUCCCUCCUUCCAUCAUUUAUUCUGUUAUCACCAGGUUGGGCAUUGCUUUCCUUUUGGGUGAAACAAAAUAAAAAAAUUCCUUCCAGUAGCACCUUAGAGCCCAACUAAGUUUGUUAUUGGUAUGAGCUUUCAUGUGCAUGCACACUUCUUUCAUGUCUAAACCACAGAGCCUAGGACUUGCUGAUCAGAAGGUCGGUGAUUCGAAUCCCCGCGACGGGGUGAGCUCCCAUCGCUCAGUCCCAGCUCCUGCCAACCUAGCAGUUUGAAAGCACAUCAAAGUGCAAGUAGAUAGAUAGGUACCGCUCUGGUGGGAAGGUAAACGGUGUUUCCGUGCUCUGCUCUGGUUCACCAGAAGCGGCUUAGUCAUGCUGGCGACAUGACCUGGAAGCUGUCUGUGGACAAACAGCUCCCUCGGCCAGUAAAGCGAGAUGAGCGCCACAACCCCAGAGUCGUCCAUGGCUGGACUUAAUGGUCAGGGAUCCCUUUACCUAAGACACACUUAGGCUGUGUACACGCUACCAACUGGAAUCCUGAUUUUCCUGAAGGAGCCUCCAUGAGCUCCUUCAGACAGUCGCAAGGGUGAUGGGGAUGACAGCUGGAGUGCUUGUUUCUGCACCCUCUCCCUCAUGUGUAAUAGUUCUGGAUUCAUAGAAUGCCUGAGGGCUGUUGUGUGCAAAGGUUUGGCCAUCCUCUAAGGGAGCAUGAUGUGGGGCCUGUGUGACAUAGCCUCCUGCUGCACAGCCUCUCCUGCGAGGGAUGGCCUCAUGGUGAGGCUUCCAUGUUGCUAGAAAUAGGAUAGCAAAAGACAACCCCUGCCUGGACACAGCACCCAAGUUAUUUUGGCUCCUGAGGCAGAAAAUCCCAUGAGACUUCUCUGUGGGAGUAAAACUACAACCACAAGACUAAAUUAAAUAACUAACCAUUUGCUGACCUUCAUGGCACAGGCCUCAGACAGCUGCCCCACUGGCUAGGACUGCGUCCAGAAUUGUGCCAAACCCUGCUUUGUCAUGGUGACAAUGAGGGGAGAUGGGGCAGUGGGUUUUCAGAACUGUUUCCACCCUUGCUCCAUUGAGCUCAGUGAGUGAAAUGUGCCUUUUGCCUGACCUGUGGUGGUGUGGUCAGGAGCUCAAGGGGAGUGUACAUACAUGCAGCCAUCAUUUUAUUUGUGUGCCGCGUUCCCACAGUCAAAACCAUGCUCAGGGUGGCUUAUAACAAGGGAAAAAAUGCAUUUCAAAACACAACUAGCCAUAAACAAUAAAUAAAACAUCAAAAAGUACACAACCAGACUGAACAAUUUCCACAUAAAUCAUAACAUACUAAAAAUUAAUAUCAAUAACAGCAACACCCCCUCCUCAAACACACCCACCCCACCAGCAACACCCGAGCCCAAGAUUGUGUUGAGUGACCUCAGCCUUUGUAGCUGGAGUCAGUCAGGGCAGCCCCUGCCCAAGCCAGCAAGGCAGGGAGGAGAUCUUCCAGGACUCAUAGCCAAGGUGGGUGUAAGAUCUGGGGCAAAUCUCCUCCUCCUCCUCUGCUCCAUCCACAUCUCUGGCCACCAGUGCAGAUGUGCUCCCGUGUAUCUCCAGUGGUGGUGGGGGGUCUCUCAAGUGCCACCCACACAAUAGGAAUCCUAUAUUCCCCCAGCCAGUUCAUCUUUAUAGGCAUGCACUCUUAGGCUUCAAUCUUAAAGAUAUUACUUGGAUGUAAAUCCCAUUGAAAUCAGUUGGACAUAUUUCUCAGGAAAUGUUUUGGACUGGAGUGCCAGAGUCUAUGCUUGUUUCUCCCACGAGCAAAAGGUUCUUGCUCAGUAUUUGCACUAGCUGCAGAUUCACCCGGCUUCUAAUACGGCAAGUAAUGUAAUGGAAUUUCAAUAAAUAAUUCAAGCUUAUCUCCAGUUACAUUUUCAGGGUUAACUUUCAGCACCUGACUGCCAUUAUUUUUUGCUAGCUGAAUUUUGUGCUUAGAGGUAUGGAAAUUUGGCUGAGGGUCACCAACAUUUAUGAGGCUACAGGCAUAACCAGAUUACUGAUCCCAGUCUAUAGAUUUUAAAGAGAAAUUUGAAUUCCAGAUGUGGAUAGCUUUCUAUUUUACAUAAACUCAGUUGAAAUUAUCUUGCAGUAAGUUUUAGCUCCUUGUUAUAUUGGUAUUAUUCAUGUUUUAUGCACCUGGCUUUUUGUGUUUUAACUUGGUGUUUUAUUGCUGUUUUACUGUAUUGUAUUCACAAUAUGGCUGCAAGGGGCCUUGAGACCAUUUAAUAAACAAAUAAACAAACAAACAAAUUAUAGCAUCUCAUUUCCAGAAACUUCUCUUACAUUUGUAGCUGUACUUCAGUGAAAAAUACUGUGCUCUUUUUAUCAUCUGACGAUGUUAAUUUGCCACAUCUCCCAUAACAGUAGUUCAAUUUCCAAGCAACUGGGUAGUAUUCAACUAAAUUAAUGUGCAAGCAAAACGACAUCUGCUUGUGCAGUGAGACUUCCCUUCCUUCUUACUGUGCUUAUUUGGUACCAUUUCCAAAUCUGCUGGGGGCGGGGAGAGAGGAGAAGUGUCCUCUUGCACAAAUCAAAGUUGUUCCAAUUGCACGAACUGCUACUUAACACUAUGAUAAGUGUUUAACCUUGGUUUUGAAUUGGAAGCAUUUAAUCAGAAAAAGUUGCUCAGAUUUGUUGGUGGGUUGGUGGGAUGGCAGGGAAGGCCAGAUCCCUGUGAAGAAGAGACUUAGUGAAAGCUAUGGAGAAGAUUAUGUUGAGAUGAGAAACCUUUGGGAGGGCCAGGAAAGCUGAUUUUCUUAAGGAGACACAAAUACAUGUGUUUAAGAGUCCUGGGGGACUUCUAUAGCUCGGCCUGCACAACAUGCAGAGCCAAAUUCACUUCACUGGCCUUGGUCUACGUCUGGAGACUUGCCCAGGACUGCAGACUCGGCUGCCAAGCAACUGGCAAACUGCGUAUGUGGCUGGUGGGCGACCUUCACCUGGCAGGGUCACAAGUUGUGCAGGUUCUGCUGUAGUUCCCAACUGUGUAGGGAAGCCAAGGGAGGAAGCACAGGAGCCCCAUACUCCCAAAACAAUCUGUGUUUGCAGUGGGAGAGGGAAAAGAUAAGUCUCUCACCCUUGUGUGUUGCCUUCCCAGUAAGAAUGGCACCCGCCAUGUAAUUAUUUAAAGAAAAAGAAGACUCAAAGCUGCCAUGUCCAGUUUGGCCCUGAAAAACAAAGUAUGAGAAGUCUGGGAACAAAGUGGAGCUGAGCUGGUAGGAGGUGGAUGGAGAUGGAAUCAGCAGCUUGGAAGAACUUGACAAGGAUUUUGGGUGGACUCAAACUGGCAUUGUGAUGCUUGCAGUGAUAGGAAAAAUACACCUCCAGAUAAUUUUCUUCUCUAUUUCUUAUUUCCUCUAGGCUGGUGUAGAUGGUGAAAGCAUUGGGAACUGCCCUUUUUCACAGCGUCUCUUCAUGAUACUUUGGCUCAAAGGGGUUGUGUUCAAUGUCACCACAGUUGACCUGAAGAGGUAAAGGAUCUUGAUAAAAAAUAUUUGAUGAGAUACAAUGGCGUUCGGGUUUUCUUGUGUUUAUUUAUAAGAAUUAUAAUAAGCCUGCCUUUCACCAAAUGGUUCUACACCUGGGUAAAAUUGGAUUUAAAGACAGUAUGAACAGCCACAAAAACCAUGAACCAUAAAAUUAUCAGCAUUUAAAGCCCGCUGAACCAGAACUGACUGGCAGACUAUUGCUCUGCCAGCAAAAACUUAACAGCACCACCUCAGAGGAGAGGUCAUUCCAGGGAAGUUUGUAAUGGUUGAUGUUUUCUUGCAUUUUAAUAGUGGCUGGGGCAACCCAGUCAGAUGGGUGGCAUAUAAAUAACAAAUUUAUUGCUAUUGUUAUUAAAUGGGGCUUUGCCACCCGGGAAGCCCUCUCACCUGGUGGAGGGAGCAGCAGCAGAGCUCUCUUAGCUGGUCUUAAUGCAUGGGCAGGUCUGUGAGGGAGGAGAUGUUCUUCAGAGAGCUGUACUCUUAAGUCACUUAGGGCUUUGUAUGUUAACACCAAAACCUUGAGUUGGGCUUGGAGCAUAUUUGCAAACAGUGCAAUUCUUUCAAGACCAGUGUCAUCCAGUUGGCCAUACCAGUUAACAUUCUGGCCACUGCAAUAAGUUCCAGCUGCAGUUUUCAAACCGUCUUCAAGGGCAGUCCCACAUAGAACGCGUUACAGUAGUCUGAUCUGGAGGUCACUAGAGCAUGGGUUACGGUGACCACACUUAUUUCUGACCACAAAUGGCAGUAGCUGGUGAACCUGUUAGAGCUGGAAACCAGCACUCCUGGCCACUGAAGCCCCCUGAGCUUCACGUGUGGGAGCUGGCUCUGCUAUGCACCUGCUCCUUCAAGGGAGGGCAACCCCAUCAAGAGCAGGACCCCUUUCUUCUCUCACCUCAGAUGGAACAGAGAAGCAGAGCUGAAUGUCAUCCACAUACUGAUGACACCUCACCUGAAAGCUCCUGAUGAAUUCUCCCAACAACUUGAUAUUCCUUCUGAUCACUUUAUUUGGAUUUUCUGUUGGGAACUUUAAUAUUUCUCAUACAGACAGCGAAUCCUACUUUGCUUAUUAUUCUGCACUCUUUAAGUACAGGCAACUCCCCAUUUGCACAUGAGCAACCGCCGAUGCAGGCACUGCGUUUGCCUUGGCGUACAACCCUUGCAUAAAUGGAGAGAGGCCUGUAUAUCCUAUAUGUAGCUUAAAAAGCAAAGGGCUAAUUUUCUCAGUAGUACAAAACCAAUGGGACUUCCAUGGCAUAUAUGAUUAGUAAUUUAUUGAACUUUCUUUUUGUUUCCACAGAAAGCCAGCUGAUUUACAUAAUUUAGCUCCUGGGAGCCACCCACCAUUCCUGACGUUCAAUGGGGAAGUCAAGACAGAUAUCAACAAAAUUGAAGAAUUUUUGGAGGAAAUGCUUUCACCUCCAAAGUAAAAAAUAAGAGUUUUUUUAGAAUUAUAGUGUAGUUACCGCAUAAAAUGGGUAAAAGUAAAGGGCAAAUUGAUAUCUGCUUUGUGUUACAAUGAGCCUGCUUGCCUCUUAGCUAGUCAACCUAGAAAAAUACAUAUUUCUAAAACUUGCCUCUCCGCCUCCUCUGGUACUAAUUUGAGCAUGAGCUAAGGACUUUUAACCAUGGGACCUGAUUUCAUGAACCCCCCCCCCCCCUUGUAUAGCCCACAAUUUGUUCUUUCCUCUCUCCCCAUUUCCCAUCCCGCAAACUUCUUAAAUGCAGCACUUAAGUUGUUGUACUAAAUCAGGCUUCCACAACCUCGGCCCUCCAGAUGUUUUGAGACUACAAUCCCAGCAUCCCUGACCACUGGUCCUGCUAGCUAGGGAUCAUGGGAGUUGUAGGCCAAAAACAUCUGGAGGGCUGAGGUUGAGGAAGCCUGUACUAAAUCCUUGUACCUGUAAAUAUAAUUUGUAUGACUCUGGGUUGCAGGACUCCCUGCCUGCCCCGCUUUGUAUGCAGUGUAACAAGAGGAGGGAAUACUAUGGGAUGGCCUCACCUUCUGUAGCAGGUUUGCCCAACAUGUGAUCCACUAAACUGAACCCAGCUUGCCAGCAUUGUGUUGAGGUUCGUCAGGUCCUUGACGCCUCCCUCCGGGGUUGUUGCUUCAAGGUAGGGCAGACCCAAACGUGCAGAGGUUCUGAUGGGCUGGCUAAAACAUCCCAUAAAGGGGGGUGGAGGGCAAUGGAUGUGUGGGGAGGUUGCAAGGCAGGGGGAGAACGUUCUGCUUGGGGGGUGGUUACAAUUUGACGAGGGGGCUGGGUGGCCUUCCUCCUCACCCAUAAGGAAAAAAAAAUAAGUGUGGACAAGGCGCUGUGCUCUGCAGCUGGCUGCCGGUCACUUUUAAAAUUGUUUUUUAAAAUAGCCAGGGAGACAGCCAUCUUCUUUUUGGUACAGCGUGUCUGGGAACCGUGCCAUAUACAGUAGUACCUCAGGUUAAGUACUUAAUUCUUUCUGGAGGUCCCUUCUUAACCUGAAACUAUUCCUAACCUGAGGUACCACUUUAGCUAAUGGGGCCUCCUGCUGCCGCCGCGGCACAAUUUCUGUUCCCAUCCUGAAGCAAAGUUCUUAACCCGAGGUACUAUUUCUGGGUUAGCGGAGUCUGUAACCUGAAGCAUCUGUAACCCGAGGUACCACUGUAAAUAUAGCAUCAGUCCCAGCACCAACCUUAACUACCUGCUACUGAGCAGAGCAGCUUGCUGUUGUUUAAAGUGAAAGAGGCGUGUGCCUGUGGGGAAGCAGCCUGGGGGGCUCAUCAAAUGGUAAGCAACGCCCUGCCCGACGGUGCUGUGGUCUUUGCGGGCCCCCUUUGCCAGCUCACAGAAGGUCUCCUUGCCCAUUGCUACAGGGUGGAAGUGGUGCUAGUCGAGGGGGUUGUGCCCAGCCCUGGCGCUGAGGCUAGUAAGCAGCUUUUCGCUUCAGGGUCACGGGUUGCCCAGGGCUGUUACACGGCCGUGGUGUUUCAUUAUUGCUGCAGGAAGGCAUUUUGAUUGGACGGACCCCUUGAGGUCCCGACUCACAGAAAACAGAAACCUUUCCAAGAAGCACAAUACACUUUUCAGCAGCCCGCAUGGACUCAUUCUUGCAUUUCAGCUCCGUAUAGACUCCUUUUCGCCAAGUCCCUCUUUAUAAGUGCCAUUAUAUCCUGGAAUGGUUUUCUCCAAAGGCCACCGUUCACACAGUGAAGAGAAGCAGCUGUUGCUGCCAAACGCCUCUGCAUCUUUUGAAAACAUAUGACUAGUUCUGAUUUAAGGAUGCUGUUUCUCGGUUCCUUUCACAUUAAGCCCCGGUACAAUUAACCUUGUCAUAAAACCAUCAUUGUGUAACUUUUUAAAAUUCUUGGCUCCCCACGGUGGCAGCAGUGUUCAGUUAGGGUCCUGAGAGGCUGACAUGCUGAGAUAAGAGACAGUUUUAAAAGCAGUACUUGAUCUGCAAGAAUUUUGCUUUGUGUUACAAACAGCACUAGAAGUGAGCAACAUAUGCCUUUUUGUGGUAUUUGUGUGCAAUUUCUUUGCUUUUAAAUUUCCGCAGAGGCCUCCUUUUUAAAACCACUCUUCUGUUUUUGCAGGUAUCCCAAGCUAGCUGCCAAGCACCGUGAAUCAAAUGCUGCAGGCAUAGAUAUCUUCUCCAAAUUCUCUGCGUUUAUCAAAAACACAAAGCAGCAGGACAAUGCGAGUAAGUUCGUGGGUGGUGAGGAUACUCUUCCAGUACAUCCCCAUCCUUUGUGGGUGCUGGGAAUGGGAGCACUCUGCAGGGGAAAGGGUUAAAGACUGUCUCACCGGGUCCCUAAUCAGAAGUGUAGCUGACAGAGGCUGCUUAAAAACUUAAAACAACUCUGAGCAUAGACCACUUGAGUCAAGUCUGCAGAGACGUUUGUUUGGGAGGAGGGUUGUAUUGCUCUCUGCUGGCCAUUAUGAAAUGUACAGAUCAGGGAUGGGGAGAGUGUGGCCCCCAGGUGCUGCUGGGCUAUGACUUGCACCCUUUCCUAGUGCUACUCAUGUCAGGAGUUGGAGGCCACAGGUUCCCCACCUUAGGCAUUAAAGGAAAUAGCCUGAAUAUUCAGAAGAAGGUUGUGAACUGUAGAAGACAUGCAUCACACACACCUCACAGGUACACAGGGAACUGCCUCAGAACACUGCCCACCUAGCUCAUUAAUGCUUGUUGUUUUUUGAACUUAGAAAAGGCUUGUUUCCUUAGAUACCUCAUUUUAUUGCUCCUUACGAGGAGAAGGAUGCAUCUGCCGGCAGCCUGGCCGCUUCCAGGGAAAGGAAGCCCCACCCCUCCUCUGGCCACAGGAGUGGAGCUGGCCAGGGCAAGAGCCAGAUGAGGGCUUAACAGUCUGCAGUUUAGUGACUUUUAUAUCCACAGGGAAACGAAAUAGUGUGUGCGAUGCGCUUUAUAGUGAUAAUUGUGUGAUGCGCUUUAUAGCGAUAUUUGCUUUAUUGCGGUGGUCUAGAACCUGAAAUAUACAACCAACCACACUCACUGGUGACUCCACUCCAGUGUUUGGGGCAGGGGAUGUUUCCAUCUCUACCUGGAGAUACCUGAGAUUGAGCUUGGGACCUUCCACAUGCACUGAGUUCCAGCCCUUCCUCUCUCCUUCGUAUUCUGGGCAGGUUAUAUAUCUAUGGCAGUGGCAAAUGUCUUUUGCUCACUUUACCUGAAUAGUAAUUUAUAUCAGCACCCCCUGCGCUUUUGGUCCUUUUCUCCCAUUUGUUUGGCUAGCUUUCCUGCCUUGAACAUAUGAAAGGUUUGCAGCAGGCUGGUUGGGGCUGUAAGCCCAGAAGCAAACACAUUUCUUCCAUAUCAAAGUUCCACAACUUUUAAGCAUCUUGAAAGAGAAGGAAUUGAUUCCAGAUUCUCAGGAUGUGGCAAGCUGUGUUUGAAGAAAGUGUGCAUAUUUAUUAUUUCAUGCCAGUUCAAUUACAGCCAACUUGAUUCCUUCUACCCCCAACAUCAGCCAAAUCAUUUUAAUAACAGGCUUUCCUCGAGGCGUGAUCUUCGCCACGUCCCAUCUCAGCACGUAGCGUGACUCUACGCUUUGACUUUUUCCUGCAAAGUCCUAGUACUGUGGUUGACAUAGCUAGAAUUUAAUUUCCUCACAUCUGAUACAAGAACAAAGAACACAGAGAAGAUACAAAUGAGAAGGAUCUUGACAUCCGUUUCCUAGAAUCAGGUCUUUGAAUUCCUAUCUGAUGGAGGCAUAUCUACACACAGACUAAAAAUGACUUAACGGGUAUUUCCUCUCCCCUGGGAACCAUGGGAACUGUAGCUCUGGAAAAAAGGAAGGAGAUUGCCAGCAGGUUUCUCAGCGACCCCUGCAAAAUGAAAUAAAAGACUUGGGAUGCCUUACAAGAAGCCAUGGGCAAUAAAAACGGCAUUAAACUGCUAAUACAUGUAAUGAGGUUGUGUCCAUUUCACAGGAGUUAUGCAGACUUCUCUGCAGGUUCUGGGAUACUGAAGGUCGACUAUUACAUGGCAUGGGCCGAGACCAAUCUAGUUCUCUGAGGGUGUGAUGUCCUGGCCCAUCACUUGCCAGCCCACAAAGAAAGAGGAGCAUGGAGGGAUGGGUAGCUCCAUGGUGGGGAGAAAGAUUAGACCAUGGGUAGGCAAACUAAGGCCCAGGGGCCGGAUCUGGCCCAAUCGCCUUCUCAGUUUGGCCCGUGGACGGUCGAGGAAUCAGCAUGUUUUUACUUGAGUAGAAUGUGCCCUUUUAUUUAAAAUGCAUCUCUGGGUUAUUUGUGGGGCAUAGGAAUUCGUUCAUUCCCCCCCCCCCAAAAUAGACUGGCCCCCCACAAGGUCUGAGGGACAGUCUGAGGCCCCCUGCUAACAAAGUUUGCUGACCCCUGGAUUAGGGCCUUGCCCCAUCUAACGUCUGCUUCUUCCUCAGAAAAGCAGCUUGUUAAUCAGAAAUUAGUGCCAUUUGAUAUCCUCAGUAUACCUGAUCCCCCUAGUCCAAAUUGGCAAAUGCAAAGAAUCCAACUGAUUUCUGACUAUGGCACAGGAGAUGCAGGUAAAAGCAGGCAUUUAUGUGCCAAUGAUCAGCUGAGUACUCAGGUGCUCCCCCACACACACCCCCGGCUGUUUAUUUGCUGCUGAAGGAGAUGGUGUAGAGAGCAACUAGCUGUUUGCAGCUGACUAAUAUUUCCUAAAAUUGUACUCACCUUGACUGAGAGAAUGAGCCCUUUGAUUUCAUAUGAGGGUUGUUUUUUUAAAUUUGUACUGAAUUGAAUAUUUAAUGGUGCCCCGGGUUGGUGGCCACCUUCAUUAAGGUGUUCCAAUGUUCUGCUCUUCGCUGAGCUGUGAGACCACCAGCAUCGAUUUCAUUCUGUGGAAUUUCCAGCCGUCUGCCCAGAGGAAUCCACUGGUCUGGCCUGGAUUCAGAUCAAGGCCCUAAAAAUAAAAGAACAUUAUAUCAUUAAUUUACAUAUGAUUAACCCCCUCCCCCCUCCCCGUUGCUGCAUCAUGUGGUUAGGUAAGAGAGGCGGGAAAUGCCUAGUGGCUAUAUAUAGCAAAGAGUAUGCUGCCAGAAGUCUCUGUUGGAUACGAUUCCCAGGAAUGUCUACAUCAGUUUGACUCUAGCUUAGCAGUACUGACGUUGGCCCAUUUGCAGGAAGGCAAGUGGUGAUUUACAGUGCUUGUCGUGUGCGUUUUAAGUGUGCUCUUUCCUUUAUCAAGCAACCACCAAUUUCUGAAAGAAUUUGUAUUACUUGGAAGGUAGAGUUAACAGGUCUAGCUAGACCUGAAGAGGAAACCUUUGCAUUGAAGAGUUACAGUGCAUUGCAUGGAGAAUUCUCUCAAGUACAGCUUCUCCCGUCACUGUGAUGGGAAGAACUGUGCAACACAGGACAGAGUUUAGACCUGGGAACCUUACUAGGAAGCAGAUGUGCACUUGAAGAUGGUCAGAACCUGGUCGCUUAUUAUUUAAGGAUAAGGUUUAAAGUUACAAGGGAUUUGAUUUCAGGCUUUGCAAAAAGGAAUUCUAUUCACUUUUCAAAAGUGGGUACAAACAAUUUUUUCUCAAAUAUUUUUCAGGGAUUUUGUUGUUUCAUGUUUCUGAGGAUUCUGUGGGAAACUGAGGAUUUAUUCAGAGGCAGAAGUUGUCACUGUCUGUCAAGCAUGGUAAUUAAUGCUGUGCCUGGAGGCUGCUAGUCAAAUAAGGACUUGGCCAGCACUCAUCCUGCCAAAUCCAAGGUGAAGGGAACAGAGGAGAGAGGACAGGCAGGCGGGCCCAAAGAGGGACCACAGCACUGCAUCUCCAUCCCAGCUGCUAGCUUUCCGUGGCUGGAUCUUUCACCUUGCUUUGAAAGACGUAAAGGAUCGGUACUCCCCCCCCCCCCCCGUUAUAUGGCUGAAAACAAGAUAUGAAGCAAAACUAAUGACAAUAAAAGUACAGUGGUACCUCGGGUUAAGAACUUAAUUUGUUCCGGAGGUCCGUACUUAACCUGAAACUGUUCUUAACCUGAAGCACCACUUAAGCUAAUGGGGCCUCCUGCUGCUGCUGUGCCGCCAGAGCAUGAUUUCUGUUCUCAUCCUGAAGCAAAGUUCUAAUUCUGGGUUAGCGGAUUCUGUAACCUGAAGCGUGUGUAACCCGAGGUAACAAGUGUUUCCAGUUGGGUUGUCAGCUUAGCCCUGCCUCUAGAAUUUUGAAAACAGGCCGAUGUGGAUAAAUUAACAGAGGAAACCGGCCUGUCAUGAUGGGGCAAACUUUGAAUGCAGAAAGUUUAGAAUCAGAGCUCCCCACGCCCGCCCCCCAUUGAUGCCAUUCACAAAUCUUCACCCCAUUUCGAUUUGGGUCUGGACUGCUUUGAGUCUGGAUCUGGCUCAAGUGGGUCUAACCUUCCUCAGUCACCCUUUCCUUACCAUUUCAACUGGCUUGUCAGUCAGGGCCUGUAUUUAGGUGAAGCCAUUUCUUCCUAGUGGACAGAAUUGAAUUGGGAGGCAGGAAAAACUGGACACGCCACAAUCCCAAGAUGGCAGUAACCCGUAUUGAUGGGGCACGCUCAGGAAUGUCAUUUCUAAGGGCACGUCCCACAGGACCUCUUGGGUGUCUUUCUAGCCCUCCCUGUUGCUGGCUAGAAGGUUUUGUUGCCUGGGAAGGAAAGGGACUGGAAAAGGUACGCAGGCCAUUGGGACUUCUUCACCAUCCCUGCCAAAUGCUCAAAGCAGCCAAAUGGUUUUUUGGGUGUGCCACGGAUGGUAGGUGUUUUGGCCUUGUCUCCAUGGCAGAUCUGCUUAAUUUGUUUUUCAGGCUUCUGUUAAAAGACAUAGAGAAAAAGGCAAGAAAACAUAGCAGGCCUAGUUUCCAGAAAUGUACUGUGAUAUAUAUAUAUAUAUAAGCUUUUAAAGUACAAUGGUGCUGCCUGCCCAUCCCAUACUUUUUGUGCCUGUCUUUUGGUUUGUGGUCUGAGAGCUGAUCCAUAUUUUCUCUCAUCCCUCUGCUCUCCCGCUGGAAGAAAACCGUUCUUUGGUGCUCAGUCAGAGCAAACAGCAAUUCGGUUUUUCUGUGGACUACCCUUUGCUCCAAUUAAGAGUUGAAGAGCUGGUUUUCCCUGAGAAAAGAGCCAGGCAAGACGGAAAGUGGGGGUCAUACAGUGGGGGUCAAGCCCUGACUGUAUGUGUGUGUAGAUGAAUGGAAUGUAUGCCCCAUCCAGCGCAGCAUGGUCAAGGCCAACUGGUCGUGACUCUCCAGGGGGCAAUGGAGGGUUUUGGUUUUGGGUCUCGCUCAUGUACUUUUUUCUGUUUUAUUCCAGUACAAAUCAAAAGCAAUUUAUAGAGAUAUCAGUGGUGGUUAAAAAAGUAAGUGAUAUGAAAGAAGAGAAUCUUGUAUCGUCAUGAGGAAUAUUAAGAAAUACAUUCCGGUAACUGCUGAGUCUGUGUAAGACCUUGCACAUACAUUUGACUUUUGUUCUUUUUGCAGUUGCAUUCUUCUUCAGUGUGUACACAAAAUGUGUCUUGUGUCUAGUAAUGUGUCAUCAAAAAUCGUAAGCUAGCGUGUGACAUGAACCCAGUGACAGGAUGCUCCCCAUGUGUCAAAUGUGGUAGUUUUCUGGCAUGGGGAAUGCAGCAACAGCAAAGCCAUCCGCUAAAAUAUGGAGUUUCCUUUAUCAGAAAUGGAUUCUUUAUCAGUUUGUACAUAAGCAUAAAAUAGAAUAUAAGAAGAUGAAACCAAUGGGACCUUCUUUUUGCAAAUUGUUAAUUGUUCUCUAGAACUCCAGGGGGCACUGUAGUCCAGGCCAAGCAGACUAGAAGAUAUUCCAUUUUCCUGUGGCCAUGGCCUAACACGUUUCGUAAAAAUCUGAAAUUACUUUGGGAUGCCUGGUUUUCGAGGUAUCUCCCGCUGCUCUUUGAUCAUUUAAAUUGCACUGCACAGUCUGUGUAAACACACAGCAGCUUAAUUUGGAAUGCUGUAAUGAUCAUCUUUCAUUUAUAAAAUGUGGCUUUACAUUUAGGUCUUGAUUUUUCUCUUGCAGCAUUAGCACUCGGUAUGUGGUGUAAAGACAUUUUUAAAGGAGGCAGAUAAAGGGCCUUAUCUACUAAGCACAGUUUCUUUCCAGAAAAGAAGCAGCAGCGCUUGCACGUGGCUGCUAGAGAAAUUCAAAGAUUUGCACGAGAUGCUUUACUAACUUGUUCCCCUCUGUUUCUGGCCCAGUUUAUACUUAGUGGCAGUCCUCACAUGAACACGGUACAAGCACAGGAAGGCACUGCUUGUUUGAAGUGGGGCCUCCAUGAGGGGGCUGUGCUUGAAUGUGGGGUAUAAAGUCCUUUUCUACUCAUGGUUUUGUCGUUUAGUCGUUUAGUCGUGUCCGCCUCUUCGUGACCCCCCAGAGCACGCCAGGCACUCCUGUCUUCCCCUGCCUCCCGCAGUUUGGUCAAACUCAUGCUGGUAGCUUUGAGAGCACUGUCCCACCAUCUCGUCCUCUGUUGUCCCCUUCUCCUUGUGCCCUCCAUCUUUCCCAGCAUCAGGGUCUUUUCCAGGGAGUCUCCUCUUCUCAUGAGGUGGCCAAAGUAUUGGAGCCUCAGCUUCACGAUCUGUCCUUCCCGUGAGCAUUCAGGGCUGAUUUCCUUCAGAAUGGAUAGGUUUGAUCUUCUUGCAGUCCAUGGGACUCUCAAGAGUCUCAUCCAGACCAUAAUUCAAAAGCAUCAAUUCUUCGGCAAUCAGCCUUCUUUAUGGUCCAGCUCUCACUUCCAUACAUCACUACUGGGAAAACCAUAGCUUUAACUAUACGGACCUUUGUUGGCAAGGUGAUGUCUCUGCUUUUUAAGAUGCUGUCUAGGUUUGUCAUUGCUUUUCUAUUUGUUCCUCAGAGUACUGGCUGCAGAUGAGCCAGUAGAGGAAGUGAGCUAGACUAGGGGAAUGGAUGGCGGUAGGGCAGGUGGGGGUGUCUGCUUCAGACAGGUAAAUAGUGGUGGGAGGGUUCAUCUUCCCCCACCUGCAUGUGUUUUAGCUACCGGGUGGCACUGUGGGUUAAACCACAGAGUCUAGGACUUGCCGAUCGCAUGGUCGGCGGUUCGAAUCCCCGCGGCAGGGUGCGCUCCCGUCGCUCGGUCCCAGCGCCUGCCAACCUAGCAGUUCGAAAGCACCCCCGGGUGCAAGUAGAUAAAUAGGGACCGCUUACCAGCGGGAAGGUAAACGGCGUUCCGUGUGCUGCUCUGGCUCGCCAGAUGCAGCUUGUCACGCUGGCCACAUGACCUGGAAGUGUCUGCGGACAGCGCUGGCUCCCGGCCUAUAGAGUGAGAUGAGCGCACAACCCUAGAGUCUGGCAAGACUGGCCCGUACGGGCAGGGGUACCUUUACCUUUUAUAAUAAUGUACCUCCACCUGUUUUAUAUGUGGGUCAGCCAAACUAAGGUUAAAGAAAUGGGACCAUUACAUCAAUUUGGUCCUAAAAGUCUAUAAAUUGUAUCCCAGAUAUUGCUUCACCCUGCACAUUUUAGGAUCUCAGUAAUUUCACCCACAAUUAUAUUACCUACAUGGAAACUUUUAAGAAUUUGAUAAAUACCUCUAAUGGAAGUAUCUUUUCAUGUCUGAUUUAAUAGAGCCAGUGUGGUGUAGUGGUUAAGAGCGGUAGUCUCGUAAUCUGGGGAACUGGGUUCGCGUCUCCGCUCCUCCACAUGCAGCUGCUGGGUGACCUUGGGCCAGUCACACUUCUCUGAAGUCUCUCAGCCCCACUCACCUCACAUAGUGUUUGUUGUGGGGGAGGAAGGGAAAGGAGAAUGUUAGCCGCUUUGAGACUCCUUAAAGGGAGUGAAAGGCGGGAUAUCAAAUCCAAAAAUCCAAUAAGGGCUUUUUUUCCCCAGCUGGAACUCAGUUCUGGCCUCUCUCAGUUGGGUGCCAUUGUCAUUAUAAGAGAACAAGGGUUCAUGGUGAGUUUUGGCACCUCUUUUUCUAGAAAAAUAUCAGAUGAUUUAAUGUUUAAAAAUUAUAAUUAUUUGAUUCAAUUCUACCUGCAUGCAAAGAGGAAAAUAAAUUUCAGAGCAGUUUGUAAGGAGCAAUUGUUAUAUUUUAUUAUUACAACUUUAUUUAUAUGUUGCCUUAUACUCAAAAGGCUCAGUGUGACUUACAAAGUAAAAAAAAAAAGGUUAAAAACUUACAAUAGCAAUAACAAUUAGAAUCAUAGAAUCAUAGAGUUGGAAGAGACCACAAGGGCCAUCGAGUCCAACCCCCUGCCAAGCAGGAAACACCAUCAGAGCACUCCUGACAUAUGGUUGUCAAUAACCAUUGCAAGUGAUCACAAGGAGCCUCUCUCCAGGUAUACUUUUCCUGGUUGCUGUUGCGUUUGCACUCCUACAGUUGCCAUUCUGAGGUGAGUGCUGGACCAGGUGGGUCUUAGAUCUCAUGUACGGAUUUUUUAUUUAUAUGUACGGAUUACUCCAUUGAGGAGUGGAAAGAGGGGAAGGAACCCCCAAGUAAAUCAAGGUGUGUCUGUGCACAUGUGCUCCGUAACGGAAGCGCUUUCUGCUGGGUGCUGGUGCCAACGUAGUUCUCUCUUUUUUUAAAAAAAAUAAAAAUAUUUUUAUUCAUUUUCAAAACAUUUUUAUACAAUCAAUUCACAUUUUAUCACACAUUCAUCAGUUUUUGACUUCCCGCAGUUUCUCUGCCAAUCUUUCGUUUAAAUUUAUAUUGUUAAAUUUCUAAACUUAUUAUUGCCUUUUAAAAUCACCUCUCCCUUCUUACUCUCUUUUUUACAAUAUUUCUUAAUUUUUCACAGAGUCUCUUGAAAACCAACAAGCGUUAUCUGUACAUCACAUAUGUUUUUCAGAUAUUCUGUAAAUCUCCCCCAGGCCUCGAUGAACUUUUGGUCUCUCUGGUAUUGAAUCUUCCCUGUUAGUUUGUCCAAUUCUGCGUAUUCAGUCAAUUUCGUUCUCCAUUCUUCCACCGUUGGAAUUUCUUUCUGCUUCCAUCUUUGCGCCAGAAGUAUUCUUGCUGCUGUUACUCCGUAUUGGAAAAGUUUACAAUCUUUCUUAUUAAUUUCAUUACCUACCAAUCCUAGUAAGAAGGCCUCCAGUUUCUUAACAAACGUAUAUUUCAACAUCUUUUUCAAUUCAUUGUAUAUCAUUUCCCAGAAGCCUUUCACCCUUUUACACUCCCACCACAUAUGAUAGAAAGUUCCUUCUUUUUCUUUACAUUUCCAACACUUAUUGCAUAUUUUAUACAUUUUAGCCAGUUUUACUGGCGUUAUAUACCAUCUGUAUACCAUUUUCAUUAUAUUUUCCUUCAACGCAGUACAUGCUGUAAAUUUUAACCUCUCAUUCCAUAAUUUCAUCCAAUCAUCAUAUUGUAUAUUAUACCCAAAAUCUCUGGCCCAAUGUAUCAUUACCGAUUUGACCUCUUCAUCUUUUGUAUGCCAUUCCAGCAACAUUUUAUACAUUUUUGACAAAUUUUUAUACUCAUUAUUCAAUACCUCUGUUUGAUAUUUUGAUUCUUUUUCUUCAUAUCCACGCUCUUUACAAUCUUUUUUGAACAUUUCAUUGACCUGAUAAUAAUGCAACCAAUCAUAAACAAAUUCUUUCACAUCUUCAUAAGAUUUCAUUUUCCAUUUCCCCCCCUCUCUUACUAUCAAUUCUCCAUAUGUUAUCCACCCCCCCCCUCAUAUUAAUCUUUUUCACACUCAUCACUUCUAGUGGUGAAAUCCAGUGGGGGAGUCUUGGUUCAAGCAAAUUUUUAUACCUCUCCCAUACCUCUAUCAGCGAUCUUCGGGAGAUGUGGUUUUCAAACCCUUUGUGAAUUUUCUUCUUUUCAUACCAUAAAUAUGCAUGCCAACCAAAUCUAUUAUCAAAUCCUUCUAAGUCCAACAACUCCCCAUUCUCUAGUUUAAUCCAUUCCUUUAACCAACAGAGGCAUGAUGCUUCAUAAUAUAAUUUCAAGUCUGGCAGAACAAGUCUUUCUUUCGCAUCAGUUAGUAACUUAAACUGAAUCCUUGGCUUCUUGCCCUGCCAGAUAUAUCUUGAAAUUGUUUUUUGCCAUUCUUUAAAUACUAUUGCCCCCUUGAUUAUUGGUAGUGAUUAAAAUAAAAAUAACAUCUUUGGCAGCACACUCAUCUUAAUCGUAGAUAUUCUCCCCCAAAAAGAUAAUUUCAUAGAAUCAUAGAAUCAUAGAGUUGGAAGAGACCACAAGGGCCAUCGAGUCCAACCCCCUGCCAAGCAGGAAACACCAUCAGAGCACUCCUGACAUAUGGUUGUCAAGCCUCUGCUUAAAGACCUCCAAAGAAGGAGACUCCACCACACUCCUUGGCAGCAAAUUCCACUGUCAAACAGCUCUUACUGUCAGGAAGUUCUUCCUAAUGUUUAGGUGGAAUCUUCUUUCUUGUAGUUUGGAUCCAUUGCUCUGUGUCCGCUUCUCUGGAGCAGCAGAAAACAACCUUUCUCCCUCCUCUAUGUGACAUCCUUUUAUAUAUUGGAACAUGGCUAUCAUAUCACCCCUUAACCUCCUCUUCUCCAGGCUAAACAUGCCCAGCUCCCUUAGCCGUUCCUCAUAAGGCAUCGUUUCCAGGCCUUUGACCAUUUUGGUUGCCCUCCUCUGGACACGUUCCAGUUUGUCAGUGUCCUUCUUGAACUGUGGUGCCCAGAACUGGACACAGUACUCCAGGUGAGGUCUGACCAGAGCAGAAUACAGUGGCACUAUUACUUCCCUUGAUCUAGAUGCUAUACUCCUAUUGAUGCAGCCCAGAACUGCAUUGGCUUUUUAGCUGCCGCGUCACACUGUUGGCUCAUGUCAAGUUUGUGGUCAACCAAGACUCCUAGAUCCUUUUCACAUGUACUGCUCUCAAGCCAGGUGUCACCCAUCUUGUAUUUGUGCCUCUCAUUUUUUUUGCCCAAGUGCAAUACUUUACAUUUCUCCCUGUUAAAAUUCAUCUUGUUUGUUUUGGCCCAGUUCUCUCUUUUUUUUAAUAAGAUAUUUAUUAAGAUUUUUUAAAAUAUUACAAUAAAAAUGAAAAAAAUAACAAAAAUACAAAAUAAAAAUGGUUAAAAACACACAGAUUUUCCAUUACCUAUUUUCCUUUAGCUUGUUUCCCGGACCUCCUCAUACCUCCCUUUUUUGUAUUCCACUUCAAUCUGUUGGUUCAGCAAAUCCUUACCCUCUUUAAUUAUCCUAAUCCUUGAUCUUAAAAAUAAUAGCAUUAGAUUUUAACCUAUUUAUAACCCUUUUUUCAUAUUCCCUUAAAGCAUUACAGCUGGAAACCACUUAAUUUCUAUCCAACAUCAUUCUAACAUUCAUUAAUUUUACAAUAUUUCUGUAGAUGAUCUUUGAAUUUCUCCCACUCUUCUUCCACCGACUCUUCUCCCUGGUCUCGGAUUCUGCCAGUCAUUUCUGCCAGUUCCAUAUAGUCCAUCAGCUUCAUCUGCCAUUCUUCCAAAGUGGGUAAAUCUUGUGUCUUCCAAUACUUUGCAAUGAGUAUUCUUGCUGCUGUUGUGGCGUACAUAAAAAAAGUUCUGUCCUUCUUUGGCACCAAUUGGCCGACUAUGCCCAGGAGAAAGGCCUCUGGUUUCUUCAAGAAGGUAUAUUUGAAUACCUUUUUCAGUUCAUUAUAUAUCAUUUCCCAGAAAGCCUUAAUCCUUGGGCACAUCCACCAAAGGUGAAAGAAUGUACCUUUGGUUUCUUUACAUUUCCAACAUUUAUUAUCGGGCAAAUGAUAGAUUUUUGCAAGCUUGACUGGGGUCAUGUACCACCUGUAUAUCAUUUUCAUAAUAUUCUCUCAUUACAUGCCGUAAACUUCAUACCUGUGGUCCAUAACUGUUCCCAGUCAGCAAACAUAAUAUUAUGUCCAACAUCUUGUGCCCAUUUAAUCAUAGCAGAUUUCACCGUUUCAUCCUGAGUAUUCCAUUUCAACAGCAAGUUAUACAUUCUUGACAAAUUCUUAGUUUUGGGUUCUAACAAUUCUGUUUCUAGUUUUGAUUUUUCCACCUGGAAGCCAAUUUUCUUAUCCAAAUUGUAUGCCUCCAUUAUCUGAUAAUAAUGAAGCCAAUCUCGCACUUUGUUUUUAAUUUCUCGAAACUCUGCAAUUUCAGUUUGUCUCCUUCUUGUUCCAAAAUGUCCCAAUAUUUCGGCCAUUUGGCCUCCAUAUUGAGCCUUUUCAGAGCUUUCGCUUCCAUCGGUGACAACCACCUUGGGGUUUUGUUUUCCAAUAAAUCCUUAUAUCUUAUCCAAACAUUAAACAGUGCUUUCCUGACAAUAUGAUUUUUAAAUGCUUUAUGUGCUUUGACCUUAUCAUACCAUAAAUAUGCAUGCCAUCCAAAUACAUUAUUAAAACCUUCUAAAUCCAAAAUGUCUGUAUUUUCAAGAAGUAGCCAUUCUUUCAACCAGCAAAAAGCUGCUGAUUCAUAAUAAAGUUUAAGGUCUGACCAGAGCAGAAUACAGUGGCACUAUUACUUCCCUUGAUCUAGAUGCUAUACUCCUAUUGAUGCAGUCCAGAAUUGCAUUGGCUUUUUUAGCUGCCGCGUCACACUGUUGGCUCAUAUCAAGUUUGUGGUCAUCCAAGACUCCUAGAUCCUUUUCACAUGUACUGCUCUCAAGCCAGGUGUCCCCCAUCUUGUAUUUGUGCCUCUCAUUUUUUUUGCCCAAGUGCAAUACUUUACAUUUCUACCUGUUAAAAUUCAUCUUGUUUGUUUUGGCCCAGUUCUCUAAUCUGUCAAGGUCGUUUUGAAGUGUGAUCCUGUCCUCUGGGGUGUUAGCCACCCCUCCCAGUUUGGUGUCAUCUGCAAAUUUGAUCAGGAUGCCCUUGAGUCCAUCAUCCAAGUCGUUGAUAAAGAUGUUGAAUAAGACCGGGCCCAAGACAGAACCCUGUGGCACCCCACUAGUCACUCUUCUCCAGGAUGAAGAGGAACCAUUGAUGAGCACCCUUUGGGUUCAAUCAGUAAGCCAGUUACAAAUCCACUGAGUGGUAGCAUAGUCAAGACCGCAUUUUACCAGCUUCUUUACAAGAAUAUCAUGGGGCACCUUGUCAAAUGCCUUGCUGAAAUCAAGGUAGGCUACAUCCACUGCGUUCCCUUCAUCUACCAGGCUUGUAAUUCUGUCAAAAACGAGAUCAGGUUAGUCUGACAUGACUUAUUUUUCAGAAAUCCAUGCUGACUAUUAGUGAUCACAGCAUUCCUUUCUAGGUGCUCACAGACUGUUUGCUUAAUGAUCUGCUCCAGAAUCUUCCCUGGUAUUGAUGUCAGACUGACUGGGCGGUAAUUAUUUGGGUCCUCUCUUUUCCCCUUUUUGAAAAUAGGGACAGCAUUUGCUCUCCUCCAGUCUGCCGGGACUUCGCCUGUUCUCCAGGAAUUCUCAAAGAUGACUGCCAGUGGUUCUGAGAUCAUAUCUGCCAGUUCUUUUAAUACUCUUGGAUGCAGUUCAUCUGGCCCUGGAGACUUGAAUACAUCUAAACUAGCCAAGUAUUCUUGUACUAUCUCAUUAGUUAUUCUGGGCUGUGUUUCCUUUGCUGAAUCAUUUGCUCCAAAUUCUUCAGGUCGGGCAUUGUUUUCUUUAUCGGAGAAGACUGAGGCAAAGAAGGCAUUGAGGAGUUCAGCCCUUUCUGUGUCCCCUGUUUGCAUUUCACCAUCUUCUCCUCUGAGUGACCCCACUGUUUCUUUGUUCUUCCUUUUGCUACGAACAUACCCAUAAAAGCCUUUUUUGUUGCUUUUAACCUCUCUAGUAAGCCUGAGUUCAUUCUGUGCUUUAGCUUUUCUGACUUUGUGUCUACACGUGCUGGCUAUUUGUUUGAAUUCCUCUUUGGUGCUUUCCCCCCUUUUCCAUUUUUUGUACACAUCCUUUUUUUAAUCUUAACUCAGUUAAAAGUUCUUUAGAUAGCCACCCUGGCUUCUUUAGGCACCUUCCAUGUUUCCGUCUCAUUGGUAUUGCCUGAAGUUGUGCUUUUACUAUCUCCCUCUUAACAAACCCCCAGCCAUCAUGAACUCCCUUUCCUUUUAGUAUUACUGUCCAUGGGAUCUCACCCAGCACUUCCCUAAGUUUUAUGAAGUCGGCUUUCUUAAAGUCAAGAAAUUGAGUCCUAGUAUGCUUGGCUGCUCCUUUCUGCUGUAUAGUAAACUUCAGAAGAGCAUGAUCACUCGCGCCUAAUGAUCCUUCCACUUCUACCCCACUAACCAGGUAAUCAACGUUGGUUAGGACCAGAUCUAAAAUGGCUGUUCCUCUUGUUGCUUCUCCCGCUUUCUGGACAAUGAAGUUGUCUGCAAGGCCAGUGAGGAAUCUGUUUGACCUUAUGCUCUUGGCUGAGUUUGACAUCCAACAAAUAUCCGGGUAAUUGAAGUCCCCCAUUACUACUAUCUCCCUUCUUUUUGCAUGCUUGGCCAUCUGUUCCAGGAAGGCAUCAUCUGUGUCCUCCGUUUGGCUUAGGGAUCUAUAGUAAACUCCCACAAUGAGGUCACUGUUAUUCUUCUCUCCCUUAAUUUUGACCCAAAUGCUCUCACUUUGGCUUUGAGGUUCUAAAUCUUGGAUCUCUUCACAGGUAUACACAUCCCUGACAUAUAACGCCACUCCUCCUCCUUUCUUGUCUGGUCUGUUUCUCUGAAAUAGAUUGUAUCCCUCCAUUAUUGCAUUCCAGUCGUGGGACUUAUCCCACCAGGUUUCAGCGAUGCCUAUUAUGUCAUAUUUAGUUUGCUGUACCAAGAGCUCAAGCUCAUCUUGUUUAUUUCCCAUGCUUUGCGCAAUAGUGUACAGGCAUUGAAGUCCAUUAAUCAUUCCCCCGUGUCUCUUAUUUAAGGAUUUUUUUCCUCCCACCACUAGGUCUGCGUGCUGUUUGCUCCAUUUGGUCUAUGACAUUUGGAUGAUCAUCUUCAUCAAUUGAUAGACUCCUACCUUCAGGAGCACUGUCUCCCUCCCCACAUUAGUCAGUUUAAAGCCCUCCUGAUGAGGUUUCUGAGAUUUUUGGCAAAAACAUUCCUCCCAACCGUUGUGAGGUGCAGCCCAUCGCUUGCCAGAAGUCCAUCUUCAAGAAACUGCAGUCCGUGAUCUAAGAAUCCAAACCGUUCCUGUUUACACCAUUUGCGAAGCCAGCUGUUCACUUCCACUAUUUUCCCCUCUCUCCCUGGGCCAUGUCGUUCAACUGGGAGGACAGAUGAGAUGACAAUUUGUGCAUUUAAUUGCUUCAAUUUCCUGCCCAGAGCCUCGUAGUCUCUUUUGAUCUUCUGGAGGCUAUUGCUUGCAGUGUCAUUGGUUCCCACAUGAACCAAGAGGAAGGGGUAUUUGUCAGUGGGUUUUAUGAUUCCUUGCAGUCGUUCAGGUACAUCUUGGAUCUUAGCCCCGGGGAGACAGCACACUUCCCGAGACAUCUUGUCAGGCCCACAGGUCACUGCUUCUGUUCCCCUCAGUAGGGAAUCCCCUAUCACCACUACACGCCUCCUCUUAGGCUUGGUCGGGGUUCUUCCGUGAGCUGUCCGUUCCAAGGUCGCCUGCACAUUCCCUGAGGACUGACUUUGCUGCUCGUCUUCAUAUACCUGAUCGACUGUAAUGAGGUCGAGAUCCUCAAAUGGAGUCUGCUCUUCAUCUUCCAUGCUAAGGGAGAGGACCUCAAAGCGAUUGUGUAUUUCUAAACAAUCAGAGCGAACCCUGGGCCUCCUACUUCUUUGAGUCACGUUUCUCCAUAUAUCUGGCUCCUGUGUUGGUGAACUAGCCUCCUUCUCAGGGGAGUCCCCUGUCUCCUCCUUGGUGGAGACGGUGUGCUCUGUUGCUUCCAAGAAGAGCUCCAGCUCUCUAAUUCUUUGGAGCGUUUCAAUCUUCCCCACACCUCCAGAUCCCUUUUUAUUCCAUUCCAAACAGGUAAGUAAUUGUUUUCAAACAAAUCAAUAUUCUUGGGAGUUAACCAUAUUCCUAAAUACUUCACUUUAUUCACCACUUCAAUCCCUGUCUGUUGUUGCAUCACCUCUAUUAGUUCUUGAUUCAUAUUUUUAGCAAUAACUUUGGUCUUUCUUUUAUUUAAGUAAAAUCCUGCAACUUGACCAAAUUGAUCUAUUCCUUCUAAAAUUCUUUUAACACUUCCCGCUGGUUCUUCUACCGUUAUUACCAGAUCGUCCGCAAACGCUUUGACUUUAUAUUCAUUUUUUCCUACAGACACCCCUUUUAUUUCUUCAUUUUUCGGUGCCAACUUAGUUCUCAAGCUGACUUCUCAUGGUCUCCACUCGAGAUCUGCAUGGCUUCAGCACAGAGACUCCUGAAGCUGCCAUCCAAAGCAAGAUUAGCCAAGGGUACAAAACCUGCCCCAUGGCAAAAACAAUAUCUAGAUGAGCAGUUUACUUGCUGAAGAUGAAUUUAUAAAGAAAAUUAAGGGGGUAAAAAUUUGCAUUAGGGUAUUACUUGUCCAGAUUAUGAGAAGUUUAACUAAGAUGUGGUCUUUAAAUCAGACUGCCUAAUGAAGCGGAAUGGUUUGAUUUUGUUGUAUUUUACCUUAAUUUUCUGUUCCAAAGUAGUGGGAACAAACCAGAAAAAUGCAAUAGACCUCAUGCAAUAUGCUAUGAAUCUGGAAGUGAUCAAGAAAGGUGGUGUGUGUGUGUUUUAAGGAAAAAUAAAUCUCAGAUUGUUUGUGUGGGACUGAAUAUUUAUGUACAGUUUCCCCUUUUCACUCAUUGCAUAUUUCAUCCAAUUCAUUUGUGUGUGUUAUGGGAUAAAUCUUGUGUGGGUGGAAAAGAGCAGUAAAAAGAAAAGGCAUCAAUCAGUGGCCAAAGGUAGCAGCAGUCACGAUUCAUUUUGUACACAGGUCAUAGUUUGUUAAACAUGCCUCCGCGUGACAAUUAAGCAGCUUGCAGGUUUACAGAGGUCAUUUUGGGGUGGCUUCAUAUUGCAGCCUGAAAGGAAGUCUGCUUGCCUUAGGAAAAAAGAGAGCUCUGAAGCGUUGUUCAGCCAUUCCCAUAUGUGGCUGCAUGAACUACUUUCCCUCAUAACUAGAAAGGAGUUACAUAACGGAGGCAGAAGAACUCGCCCUCAUUUGUUUGAAAAGUGGCUUCUGUUCUCAAGAAUUGUUGGGUCAUUGCCUGGAAAAGUAUUCUUGUUGGUCCAUGAUGCUUCCAUCCAGCCCUGUCCAUCAAAUGGUUAACACGGAGGUCCAGACCCUCAAGGCAAUGAAUAGCUUUGGGCCAGUUAUUCUCUCUCACCCUCUCCUACCUCACAAGGUUAUUGUGAAGAUAAAAUGAAUUGUACGGGUGGGCCUCUGUUUUGCACGCUGCCCUGAGGAAAGGGUGGGAUAGAAAAUAAAAGAAUAGAUCAGGCUCAAGGCCAGUCGGAACAAAAACACAUCUGGCUGCUUCCGGAAGGUCUUCAGGCUGAAAAGAGAGGCCUCCCUGGCAAGGAGCUCUGGCCACCGAGAAGUCCUGAAGAUCUUCAAAAUGGGCUCAUAGGACGGAAUGCGGUCUUUCAGGGAACCUGCUCUCAAGCCAUUUGGGGCUUUGUAGGUUAUACCUAGUUAUUUGGAUUGUUCCUAGAAACAGAUGGGUAGGAAGCCUGCCGUGCUGGAGUCAGGCUAAGACCGUCCCAGGCAGUUGAAUGGUUGCAGCGUUCUGAAAUUUCUGGACAUUUUUCAGACAUUCACACAGAGUGUGUUACAGUCCAAAUAAGAUGCAAUUAAGUUGUAUUGCCUCACCAUAGCCAGAUCGGACAUCUCUACACCACUGCUCCCACACUGCCAGUUUGUUUCAUUCCUCCUCCCUGGUCCUUUUACAUGCCUUUCUUCCUCCCAUAACAGCGUCCCUUUCUUAUCCCAUUCCUUUUUAUAUUCUCUCUCUCUCUCUCUAAUAAAUGUUCCCCUUUUAUGUCCAAUUUCCUUUAACAAGUCCUCCAGCCUUCCCUCUCCCCCCCCCCAAAGGCUAUGGCAAAACUAGGGGGGCAGGCAAGCAAGGGAGAGAGUCCCUGGGCAGACUGUGGGGCCCUGGGUGCUGCUGCCCCCCUAAAGUGGCCCAAGGUUCAGUGGCAGGGAUGCACUGCUCUAUCCUGCAUGAUUUAGGGGGGGGGGGAAUAUGGGUCUGUCUUAUGCAAAUGUCUGAAUAGCUGUGCAAGAUACAGUUAAUAUAAUUGGUGUCUAGUUCCCGGAAUAGUGUUGCCGUCAUAAAAACACUGCUGUUUCUCUAAAAUGGGAAUGGCCAAUUGGCGACAUGGGGCCAGACUCAUCUCCAAAAGCAAAUUUUAUCUGCCUCUUCAGUCGCACACCAAAUUGUGAAAAUUAUGAAAUCUUUACAUUUUGAAAAAAGUUACUCACUGGCAGUAUUUUUCUUCUCUAUUUUAUAUGCAACGCCUGAGCAGGUGUGCCCCAUAGCUUUAGAAACCUUGAACACUGGGUGGUUUCAUCUCUAUUGUGGAGCCAGAGAACAGGUGAGGGCGAAGGAGUCAGAUGUGCGUGGAGAAAUUUGCACCGUCAGGAGAUCAGAGAGGCUCCCAAGAAGGCAGGUGCUGGCCAUGCUUCUUCUAAGAGGCAGAAUAUAAGCCAUGCUCUCCAUUUCCUCUCCACCACCUCCUCAAACGGGAAAUAGGAAGCAGAUGGGCAAGUGCAGGCAAGCCUAUCUGAAGACGGCCACCACUGAAAAAUAGAUGGUUGAGCCAGGAUUUCAAAAAUCCAAUUGAGUUAAAUUAAGUAAAUAACUUGAUUUUGAAUGGGACAGUAAAACAAUAUUAUUCUUUGCUUACCGUGCAAGGAAAACCUUUUAUUCAAUCGGUGUUAAUAGGUUCGAAAAAGAAAAGGGAAUUCUCCAUAUUUCCAGGGCUGCUCUAAUAAUAGUGUUCUAUGCACCCUGCCAAUAUUGUCAUUUCAGUGUGGCUUGCAUAGAAAAAUGCAGCCAAAGGAGAUUAAUCGGGCAGUAGAAUAUCAAGUGCAAAAAUUAAAUUUAGGGUUUAUUAAAUUAGAGAUAGUAACACUUUUGUCUGAGAAAUGGCAAUACUUCAAUCACUUUAUAUCACUGCUUUAAAAAAUGAUAAAUGGGCCCUUGUUCUGGUGUGUGUUAUAGUUCCUUAAAAGGCCUGCUUUUAUGCAUGGCUCCUUUCCAGCCUUGAACACAAGCCUUGCAGAGUUGCCCAAGUCAGAGGGGGAGAUGUUCCAGGAGGGGAGGACGUGGAAAAGACCCUUUCCCACCACCACCUCCAGGAAGACAAAGCUGACAGCCCAAUGGCACCUCCUGGGGGAAGAACUUUCAUAGGGCACUGGACCAGCCGGUUCACCCUAAUGCCUUUGAAGACCUGAAGAAAUAAGUUUUUGUCAUCCCCCCCCCCUUUGUACUUGUGCACCUUCCCUGACAGGUUAAGGCCAGGAGAUGUCAUUGAAUCCCAUGGAAUUCAGUUGUGACAUGGAUUGAUUCCUCAACCUGAUUCCACCAAUAUAUGAUUCAUUUCCAGUCAUUGGGAUACAGAGUUUCAUUCACAAUUUCCCCAAAAUGCUGCCCCUUGCCCACCCCUGGUCUUCCCUGUCAUCUCUCUCAGCCCUGAAGGAUAAAUAUUUACAAUUUAAAUCUAAAAGAAGAACAUGGUAAGAGAUCAUGUGUUGUAGCAGGAAACGGGUUGCUGGGCAUUUUCAUUAAAGUGAUUUCAGCAGAACCAAUGCAAAGGGGCAACUUUGGAAGUAGGAAAAGUAGAGCCAUUGAGCAGAAACAACACAUUCUCAAAUUUUAGAAAUGGAAAAGAGAAGAGAGUUGUGAUGAUAGGCAGCUUGGGAAUAAGGAUCUAAUGACAGCUUAUUUAAGGCAGGUAAUAUGCCUAUAAGAUCUACCUGUGCGAGACAAUAAAACAUUUAUUGGUAUAAAUAAUCUUAUUAACAUAUCCUGGUGCUUUAAACUUAAGUAUUACUGUCGGUUCUUCAAUAUACAAAAGACUCCGUAAGUGUAUUUAAGAGGGGGAAGUUAUAAGUUUAAAUCAAAAGAGAUUUGCACUGUAUGGGAACGGCACUGUUCAUUGAUAUCUUCAUUCUCAGUCUCCACUUUGUCUCCCCUUCUCUUGCCAUACAGCUAAGGUUGCAGUCAGCCCCAUCCCUCCCUCCCUCUCAUUUAUCAAUCAGCCUUGGCUAGUGAUGUAAUCUGUGAUGCUGUCUCACUUUGUUCAUUUUCUGUGAAUUAUUCAGCCCACCUCACUUUGCAGCUUGUUCACUUUUGAAAUUUUGAUGUUCUUUCAUAAGAUUCCAUAAUUGUUUUUGAAAACUUCAAUGUGUGUUUCAUCACAUUAAUUCCAGCCAUAUAACAGAUAACAUAUUUCUGUUUGUGUAAUUUUGCUUAAUUUUACUAUGAUCUAUGUUUAUGUGGAAAGGAGAUUACCUGUGGAAAGUGGUGCCAACCACUUUUAUUAUUAUGAAAACGGGUUUUACAAAUAUAUCAUUUUGUGAAUAAUAUAGUUCACAGCAUCAUCAUUUCUCGAAUGCUCCUGGAAUCUUGCUCAAUGUGUGCUUGCUUUGAUGAGAGCAUGAAAUAGAGAAUUAUGUGGCAUUUUAUAAACAAUUUUUAAAAAGAUGAACUUUGACUUACAACAGCAGGACUUUGUGGGGUUUGCCUGAUCAUUUGAGGGGAGCUCAGCCCUCUCCCCCUGGACAAUUUAGCAAAAGCUCUACCAGCCUCACUCUGGCCCUCUGGCUUUUGGGGAAGUUUUUAUAAGGUAAAAAAUAACAGUCUCUUGUUGUUGUUUUUUUGUUUUUUUUAGUAUAGGUAAGUUCUGUCAUUUAUAGCUUGGAUCCCCCCCCAAAAAAACAACAACAGAGAUUCUCUGUGUUUGUAAAGCUUGAUCAUAGCGUUUGUCUGUUAGUCAACUAAAGGUUCAGUUGUAACUGCAAUGCGUUAUACACAGGGCUGCCUCUGGAGACAGUUCGGAAACUUCAGCUGGUGCAGAAUUCAGCAGCCAGAUUGCUCACCAGGAACACAAGCCUGACUGCACUGGCUGCCAAUUAGUUCCCAGGUCCAAUUCAAAGUGCUGGUUUUGACCUAUAAAGCCUUAAAUGGCUCAGGACUGCAAUACCUCAAGGACUGCCUCUCUCCAUAUAAACCACAAUCAUCCUCUGAGGCCCUCCUUUGUGUGCCACCUCCAUGUGAAGUCCGGAAGGUGGCAACAGGAGAACGGGGCCUUUUCUGUAGUGGUUCCCCAUUUGUGGAAUGUUCUCCCUAGGGAGAUUCACCUGGCACCUUCAUUUUACAUAUUUAGGUACAAGGCAAAAAAGUUCCUCCUCAACCAUGUCUUUGGCUGAUUAAUAUUCUGCAGCCUUUAAAAUGUGUUUGUGAGAGGGGGGAAUUUAAAUUUGAUAAAUCAUCAUCAUCAUCAGAAUCUACUGAAUAUACACUGUGCAGCAAAAUCCUAAUUGCAAUUACUCAGAAGUAAGUCCUAUUGAGUUUAAUGGGAUUUAUUCCUAGGUAAAUGUGCAUAGUAUUGAACCUUAGCCCCCGUUUGUCUGUUGUUGACUCCCCAUGACUCUUUCAUAGCAUUUGAUUUUGUUGUCAGAUUACUCGUCUGAUAUAUUCUAAGAUCCUGGUCAUGCAAGGCCGGGCAGUUUGGCAUCACAGACCCCUCUUCGAAUCGUCUGAAUGUUGUGAAGGCAAAGAUACUGAACUAGGUUUUCAAUACUUUUUUAUUUUUUUAAAGUGGCACAGAGAUUUUUAUAAUUGCAAAGUUUUAGAAGGAGAGAGAAUGGCUGGAGCAGAGAGAUGAGAUUCAUUCCGCAUUUUGGGGAAUGUCCAAAAAUAACAGUGCCAUGAUGAAGUGCCAAGCCAACAGCAGGCUUGUGAUUGCUCCGUAUGAGACCAGAAGUUCAAUGUAAUAGCCUCAAGUAUCCCAAAAAUGCUCUAAGGUUUCCAGGGUGGUGUGUAGAAGAUAGGAUUUUGGACUUUCCUUUUCUUUUGUCUGUCCCACAGUCAGUCUUUAUUAGUGAAGACUAGGAUUCAUCACCCCAACAGUACAUAGGCCAGACACACAACUAUCACAAGCUUUGCCAGCAGCCUAGGUCCAAAGUUUUCUGUAUAUGGCUGUGAACUUUAUUGGAAAUUCUGUUUUAUUUACUCUUCUCUUUAUUUGUUUCUUGACACAGGCCUGGAGAGAGGUUUAACAAAGGCUUUGAAGAAACUGGAUGACUAUCUGAGAAAUCCUUUACCUGAAGAGAUAGAUGCAAGUAGCACAGAGGUGGAGAAAGUGUCGAAACGCAAGUUCUUGGAUGGGGAUGAGCUGACUCUUGCCGACUGCAACCUUCUGCCCAAACUUCAUGUUGUCAAGGUGAAAAGAAUUUGUCUUCAGAACAGGCACCUCUUUGCCACCAUUCCUCUCAUGGUUUUACAUGCUUUGCAUUUCCCUGAGCAGUGAGAAGCCUAGGAGAAUGAGCCCUACAUAAACCUUUGGAUGAGAGGGAGAUCACUGCAGCCUUUGGUGACUUGUCUUGUUUACAAAAGUCCCAGCAGAGCACACUGCAAACACAACAGAUUGCUAAAGCUGGCAGCAUAACUGCUAAACCUGCAUGAGAUCCCCAGGUUCCCUGCCCAAGUUCACAGGUGGGGACCUCCAAGCCACCUCCAGACAUGCUAAGUUCACAGCUGAUGCUGCUCAAAUUCAGUAAGCAGCCUUCAUGACUUCUGACUACACAGGCAGACUGCGCCCAUUAAGGAAUAUCAGCUGAUCGCUCUUGAUAAUUAACAAGCAAUCAGCUUAGCAAAGGAUGGUCAGCAGUUCCUUGGUGCUCUGACCACACUUAUCUUUCAGUGUCUUACUACUCUGCAGUAUCUUUUCAAUCAGCAGGAUCAGUAGAAACCCAAUACACUUCUGGUACUCGGGGUCAGGUCAAAAUUUUGAUGCCAGCAACAUAAAAACCAAAAGGGCACUUCUAACUGAAUCAACAUGGCACACGGUCUAAACAUACCCAGCUCCCUCAGAAGUCUUGGUUUCCAGACCCUUGACCAUCUUGAUCGCCCUUGUUUCAGCUUGUCAGUAUCCUUCUUAAAUUGUGGUGCCGAGAACUGGACAUAGCAUUCCAGGUGUGGUGUGGUGUGGUCUGGCCACAGCAGAAUAAAGUGGCAUUAUGACUUCCCUUGAUCUGGACACUAGACUUCUGUAGAUGCAGCCUAGAAUAGCAUUAGCUCCCCCCCUUUUUUUUCUUUUGCUGCAUCACACUGUUGACUCAUGUUAAGCUUGUGGUCCACCAAGACCCCUAGAUCCUUUUCACAUGUACUGCUAGUAAGCCAGCUGUAAGCCACAUUAAGCCUUAUAUUUGUGCAUCUAGUUCUUCAUACCUAAGUGCAUAACCUGACAUUUGUCCCCACUGAAAUUCCGUUUUUUAGUUUGGGCCUGGUUCUGUAACCUAUUAAGGUCAUUUUGAAUCCUGAUUCUGUCUUCUGCGGCAUUAGUUGCUUCUCCUAGGUUUGUGUUGUCUGCAAAUUUGAUGAGCAUCCCCUCAAUUCCAAAUCCACCUAACAGUUUCCUCAUUCAACCAACAUUUUGCCAGCUUCCUCAUAUGAUGGAACUUGCUUGUUUUUCCUCUUGCUUUGAACAUAGCCAAAGAAAGCUUUAAAAAAAAAAUCUCUCUUGCAAGUGGGACCUUGUUUUGAGCUUUGGCCCACCUGAGCUCCCCACCGCAACUGUUGGCUUCUUGUGUAUACUCCUUUGUGAUUUCCCCUUUCUUCCAUUUCAUGUAUAGACCCUUCUUAAAUCUAAGCUCAUCUAUAAGCUCCUUAUGCAUCCACACUGGUAUCUUUAGAUGCCUCCCACUUUUCUUUCUUGUUGGAAUUAUCUGCAUUUAGGCCUUCAAUAUUUCUCCUUUAAGAAACUCCCAUCCAUCUUGGACUCCCUUCUCUUUGAGUAUUUCUGACCAUGGGAUCUCACCCAGUAGCUCCUUUAGCUUUUUGAAAUUGGCCUUCUUAAAUUCUUUUCUCCUGCCUCUGUAUCAUGAAACCCAGGACGACAUGAUCACUUCCUCCCAAGUUUCCCAGUACUUCCACUUGCAUGGCAAGGCCCCGGGUCCCACAGUUCCCUUAUAUAAUAAACACACAUGGACAUGGAUAAUUUAGGUUAAUGGGCUAAAAUAGGACACAACUUUAUUGGUUACAGAUGUGAGCAAUUUGACUUAGGCAUUGGGUAAGACCAGGCUAUAUCCUGACUCCUGUCCAUCUGCAAGGAGUCACACUAAGGGUAGACAUACGUCAAAUCGGGGCGUCCCCAAUGGGUCGUGGCAUGGCCCUAGCCCAUGGAGCCUUUUAACAGGAUGCCCUUAUUGAGGAGGGGCAGGCAGAGGUUACAACCUCCCCUCCCAUCACAAAGGCUUACCUCACAAAGUUGUGACAAUUGCUACGAGGUAGGUGAAACCCAAAUGGCUGGUGCCAGUUUGCCAAGUGGAAAAAUUCCUACCUGGCCCCAACAACAUGGCAGCCAACCUUAGUCCAUAGCAAAGUCGAUGUCAUAGCAACGCAUAAAAAGAAGGUGGGUGACCUGGGAAAUCCGGCAAGGAGGUGAAAGGACACACACCCCGGCCACGCCGCAGUUUAAACGGCAAGUGGUCACCCCCCCCAGCUGUGCCAAUUGGUCAGCUGGGGGGCGCGGCACAACCGGGAGUCACAGUGACGCGGGCAGCAUCCCUCCACCCUCCUGGCGGGUCACUGGGAGGUCCCGGGUGCCCUCCUGCAACACCACCCCCCGGGGGAGGGGAGCGGACUUCUCCAAUUAGUUCUUCUGUUUGUGAGGACCAGGUCCAAACUAAAUGAUCCCCUUGAUGCUUCUUCCACCUUCUGGGAAAUGAAAUUGUCAGCAAGACAAUGGAGGAAUUUGUUGGACCUUUCAUUCUUGGCAGAGUUUGCCUUCCAACAGAUAUUGGUUAAAGUCUCCCAUGACUAUUUUAUCUUGUAGGGCCUUCCAAGAUCUCCCGAUCUCACAAGAUCUUGGACAGCGGGGGGGGGGGGGCAGUUUUGUCCAUAUGUUACAAAACUUAUUAAUAAUAUUCAAGUAUUAAAAGCAGGUUUUUUGGGGGGCGGGGGUCUUCAUUCUAGAUUGUAACGAAGAAAUAUCGAAACUAUGAGUUUCCAGCAGAAAUGACGGGACUUUGGCGAUACCUGAAAAAUGCUUAUUCUCGGGAUGAAUUCAUCAACACUUGUGCUGCGGACAAAGAAAUUGAAAUAGCUUAUGCUGAUGUAGCCAAACGGCUCAGCAAAUUCUAAUCAAAAUCUAUUUCACUGGAUGGCUGGAAAUAAACUUAUCUGUUCCCUCGAGAAAAUGCAAGGUGGCAAUGCAGAAGAGGAAACAUUACUUCUGAAAUGUGUACUAAUUCGCUGGAACAAAUUUUAUCAUUUAUGACCAGUGUUUUGAAAUCACCAUGUUUGAUUAAAUAGCCUCCUGCUAACAGUACAUUCUAUAGCUAGAAAUUUCAAAGUUAAGUAGAACAUGAAUGUAAAGAAUUAUUUGGGUUUGGGGUAUUUCUACCUUUUUUCAUGGACCCUUGAUGUGUUCUAUUUAAAAAUACACCGUCAAUAGCAUUGGAGGGAGAAUAGGACUGACAGUAAGAAAGGGGACAUUGUCGUGCGGGGAGCAUAACUUUAGGGAAUUGGAAGCAUCUUUCGAAGCAUGUCCUGCCCUCCUAGAGCAAGGAGAAGUUCUAAGAGAAGUCUCCUGUUAGUGGGGAAGCCUGAGUGAAUGCUGGCGCAGGGACGCAGAUUUGCUCAGCAGAGGCCCCAGCAGUGGGGAGAUAGCGAAUGCAAUAACUUUGUCUACAUAUAUGAUUCAAGGAUAUUUGGAGGAGCAAUAGUAAUACAAAAACAGCGUAGGUAAUAUUGAAAAGAAACUCGGAUAAUACUGAGAUGGAAUUUAGAUAUAUAUAUAUUGAACGGCUCUUCACAGCUAACUCACAAUCUAUAGUAUCCUUUCGAACAUCUCAGCAUGUUAAGAAAAAAAGAAGAAGCAUGCAACAGAAAUCUGAUUCCUCAUAUGAAUGGAUAAGAAAUGGAGUUCAUUGUCUAUUCCUAAGUCGUCAUUUGGUCUAGAAAUCCUGAAAAUAGCAGUUUGUUUUUUUAAAAAGUUAUUCCCCACUGCCAACACUCGGUUGAAGUUUGGCAGGUAUAUAACUGCUUCCGAGAGUUGGUGGGUUUCUUUGUGCUGACAGAGGGUAACAUCCAAUUGUAACUUCCCCCUGGGCAGCAGAUUCCCCUACAUUCUCUCCUACAGCUCCUUGCGUGCUCUUAAAAACUAUUGUGGGGGUUGAAGGACCCUCCAGAGCAGAUUGGGGGGGGGACGGGGGGUGAGAAGCAGGGUUCAGAGGAAGGGAAAUUCUGCUGUGUCUGUUGGCAUGAAGUUGGACUUCACCUAAACUGAUGUUAUGAAAUGGAUUAUUCUGUGCUUGAUCUAGCCUUUGUAUUAAGAGUUCUGCUUGAAGCCAAUGGAUAUUUUGUUCCAUAAAUUACUUUAAAGCAUUUA